CACUGAGAGGGCGGAGUCACCGCGGCCGGCUGUGGAGGGUUUUUCUGAGGCGGCGGCGUCUCCUUCUCCUUCCUCGCCAGGAGCGUCUCUGAGGGGAUGAGGCAGGCAGCGGCGGAGGCGGCAGUGGCGGAGGGCGAGCCCCAGCGACACUGAGGCGGCGGCGGCGGCCGGGCCUCCUCCUCCUCCUCCUCCUCGUCCUCUUCCAGCUGCCGGUUCUCGCCCGCCCUCCGCCCGCUCGGCCUUCCCGGCCCGGCUCCCUCUCCCGCCGGCACCAUGAUGGAGGAGAUCGACCGCUUCCAAGUGCCCGCCGUGAGAGCCGAGAUGCAGCCGCUGGUGAGUCCCCUCAGGAGCCCUCGCCGUUGGGAAGAAUGGGGGGAGGGGGGCUAAGUCGCCUCUUUCCAACCCCCCCUCAGCAUCUUCCCUCUGAGGGGGGGGGACAUGACCACACGCACCUGCUGCUCUUUCUCUCCCCCAUUAUUAUUAUUAUUCCUACACCCCCGCAGGACUCAGGGCGGUUUAAUAUGAGAAAUAUUUUUUUGGGGGGAAAUAGCCCCCCCGGUGGGAGGAAGGGGCUCCUCACCCCCCACCCUGAAGGGGUCUCGGGGUUGCGCGGCCGCACCUCUGCGGCAGGCUCGGCCCCGGCCUUGGCGGGGGGGCUGGAUGGAUGGAUGGAGGGGAGACGCCCUUCCAGGCCUCCUUCGCAAAGGACACGGCUGGGGGGGGGGGGAGGAGGAGAAAGUGAUCAGGGGAAAUGGGCGGGAGGGGAGAAGAUCGUUUAUGGGCGGGGGGGAGGGCUGUUUCUCCAGCCGCACGCAGCAAACACCCCCCCCCAUAGUCAUAAAGUAUAUUCUUCCUCUUCCUGCCUUGGACACCGCGCACCUUUGGGUGGAGAAACAUCCUUUCCCCGUUGCUUUGACUUGGCCAGGAUUUGAACUGAGGUCUCUCCUCUGUGGCCCCUUCUCUCCUCCUGCUCCCCACCCCAACCCCGCUCUUCAAAAGGAAGUUUUGAGAAGCUGACACCCCACUGCGUUUUUUGAUGGUGGGGUGAUUGACCUGCCUUUGCUCCCACCAACCCGCCCCCCCAAAAAUGCCCAGGUGAAAAGUAUGGCAUAAGGGGAGCUGUAGUCCCAAGGGUCUUUGGUGAAGCUUUCUUCAGGAGUGGGGUUUUUUUGGGGGGGGGUGUUUUAUGGUUUUUGGUGAGACUGUUAUGAAGCAUUGCUUAGAGAUCUCACUCCAGUGGAUGUUAGGAUCCCAAUGGAGCCCUGGGAGCCCAGUGCCCCUCUCAAGUGCGCAAGGUCAGGGUCAAGGCAAUUUUAUUUUUAAAAGAUCAACAGAGACAGAAAUCCAAAACGGAUAUUUUUCUCAGGAUUCAAAGGAAAUCUUGUCCUUGAGCAGUGGUGAGACUGGUCUCACUUUAAGGCACAUUGCUGUGCUGGCAUAAGGAGGAACAACAUCUGCCUGUGCUAAGGUUUCUUAAACCCCUCCGUAGAAGGAAAGGGGGGCGGGAAGCCCCUUUUGCUAUCAACUACUCUUUCUGUUGCAGGGAAGCUGCUUACCCUCUGUUUGCUCAGCUGUUUCUUCUCUGCAGCUCUGCUUACCCUCCCUUUUCCUGAAGGAUCCCCCACCUUAGCUUGUUCUCUUAGGUAUGACAUGAUGAUCUCGUGCUCUAGGGAUCUGGUUGCUCCAGGCCCCUUUCAUCAAGAGGCUUAUGGAAGCCUCUCUUGCUACUGGCAGGCACGGAAGGGACCGGAACAUGACUGGAUGUUUUGGGUCCAUGUCUGGCUGGCUUGAUGACGUAAUCCUUUUGUAAGCAUGUAGGGAAGAGGGAUAAAUAUUGCAUGUCGGUAGCAUCUACUGGCAGCAAAAGAAAGAACAGAUUUGUUACCAUUUGACUGUACCUUCGUGCUCAAAUCUGUGUUCAGAAUCUUUGCAUGCCGAGAAUCACUACUAGUCUUUUUUGCUUUUAAGAGAAUAGCCUCGCUGCAUGACCAGAGUUGGUCUAGGAGGGAAAGGUUGCUGUUUCGAAGCCUGUGUUCCUUGCGAGAUGUGAUGGGUUAAAUUAGAAGCAUAGGGCUGUGUGGUAGGUUGCUGUCCCUCAAAAUGGUUCUGAAAGAGGCUUAGGCAAACAGUUUUCAGAGAUGCUGCCUCCCGCCCAAAGAUUCCAUAUGUAGAGCAACUUCUGUGCACCUCCCAAUCAGGGGUUGACUCCCUUAUUGUGUGGGUGAUAAAAUGUCACCACCAUGUCAUGGAGUUCAUUUUACAGAAGGUGAAAAUUGGUUUCUUUGCAUUCCCUCUCCUUUCUCACUGACUGUUCCAUAUAGUGAUUACCAGGCUUCUUGUUUCACACACUCCCUGACACACACACACACUUCUGAUUCCUACUGAUUUGUAUAUGCUUCUUAAACCCAAGCCAUUCACAUUGUUUACACUAUAUUUUAAAUUACUACAAGGCCGUGUGUUGCAGCUUCUGGGCACCUGCAGUACUUCCAACCAUUUUGUUCCAUCCUCUACACUCACUUUCUCUUUCUGCAUGUACAUACAUCAUUAGUAAGAGAUUUUAUCCCGUUUUCCAAUCAAGGGCUCUUUGUCAUCUCUCAGAUAGUUUGUAAACACUAAUUUGAUACAGAGAGAGAAGCUAAUGACCUAUUGGGUGUGGAUUUCCUAUCUUGUAGUUUAAAACACAGCUCAUAGUAGUCAUUUGAAUAUUAGGGAAUCAGAGGGAGUGUCUCCUACUUUCUCAUCAGUAAUCAUUAGUCUGAACAUGUGUCUUCAUUGGCAAGCCUUCUGUGCUCCUGUUUGGAUGUAACUUUCUUCCCCUUUUCUGUUAUACUGUGUUGUUUUCCUCUGCAAUGUUAAAUGCUAAAUGGAGAUUUGACUUAUUUUGGCCUGCAUUAGUCUUAUGAAGUUCUUCUAGUAGUUUUAAUUAUUUGUCUAUUUGCUGACCAUCCUUUAAUUGUAGAGGAAUCCUUUAAUUGGUUAUUCUGGCAGGCUCAUGCCUUGCUCAGAUGUUUAACUUCCCAUACAGUACCUGGUAUCCCCAUAACAGUUAAAGGUGGUCGGUAAUGUCUUGGCAUCAGGGUAUGUUUCACUCUCUGAUCUUGAAGACUCGUGAUUGUGAACUGAGUGGUGCAGUAACAGUUCAGCAAAAUUUCACAUUAACUGGAGCCAUACAGAUCGAGUGCCUUGAAGCACUGUGUCUAUUCCCCCUUCUCAAUUAACCAUAUGCAGUUCGUCAUCCUUGCAAAAAUCUACCCUUGUUCAUGAAAAUAGUGGCAAAAGUGUUGCUUAAACAUGAAUUUUAGUUUGAGAUUGCAUUAUGAAAAUGUUAUGGCUUGAAUUAUUCAGUUGUCAUUAUUUGAGGGGGAAACCAGCUUACUGGUUCAACAUCAGAGACCUUGCUAUACAUUGCAUCACUUUGAGAGGUAUGGUUGGUUGGGACAUGGGAUGAAUCUUUUUUCUACUCUAGUAUCCAGGUUAUGCAACUCUUUCCUUAGAGAAAUGUGUCUGGAUCCCUCUGUUCUAAGCAGGAGUGGGGAACCCUUUUCAGCUUGAGAGUCACAUUCCCUACUGGUCAAUGUUCUGGGGGCCACAUGGGGGGGGCAGGGCCAGAGGCAAAGUGGGAAGAACAGCACAGGUAAAUUUCACUUGGGGCAGUAAGCUGGUUUCUUUCUAUACUCCUUUUUUUAUUCCAGUCAUUAAUGAGGUUUAAAGGCACAUUCUAGUCAGGCAAAAAUACGCAAGGAUUGUGGGGAGCAGGGAUGUUGAGAGGGGGCAUUGUCUGGAGAGUGUUUCCAGGAGCAGGCAGAGAGGCCUGGAUGGCCACAUUGAGCUGCCAGUCCUGCAGUUUCCCACUUCCACUUUUCAGCUUCAGGCAUGCUGCUAAAACCUUUUAUUUUUUUUAUGUUUUAAUGUGCUUUGAUGCUUUUAUCUUCUUUAAAACUUGUGUUAACCCACCCUUCUUCUAUCAUUUUAUUUUUUUAAAAAAAUCUGAUUGUAAUUACUUUUAAUGUUUUUGUAAGGUUCUUUGAAUCUAUUUAUAAAGAAACGUGGAGUAGACAUAUUUGGCUGAAUUCAACUAACCUGUUCUGUUAGUGGAAGCCAAUGCAAGGACUCAUAGAAUCAUAGAAUCAUAGAGUUGGAAGAGACCACAAAGGCCAUCGAGUCCAACCCCCUGCCGAGCAGGAAACACCAUCAGAGCACUCCUGACAUAUGGUUGUCAAGCCUCUGCUUAAAGACCUCCAAAGAAGGAGACUUCACCACACUCCUUGGCAGCAAAUUCCACUGUCGAACAGCUCUUACUGUCAGGAAGUUCUUCCUAAUGUUUAGGUGGAAUCUUCUUUCUUGUAGUUUGGAUCCAUUGCUCCGUGUCCGCUUCUCUGGAGCAGCAGAAAACAACCUUUCUCCCUCCUCUAUGUGACAUCCUUUUAUAUAUUUGAACAUGGCUAUCAUAUCACCCCUUAACCUCCUCUUCUCCAGGCUAAACAUGCCCAGCUCCCUUAGCCGUUCCUCAUAAGGCAUCGUUUCCAGGCCUUUGACCAUUUUGGUUGCCCUCCUCUGGACACGUUCCAGUUUGUCAGUGUCCUUCUUGAACUGUGGUGCCCAGAACUGGACACAGUACUCCAGGUGAGGUCUGACCAGAGCAGAAUACAGUGGCACUAUUACUUCCCUUGAUCUAGAUGCUAUACUCCUAUUGAUGAGGCCCAGAAUUGCAUUGGCUUUUUUAGCUGCCGCGUGCUAGCACAAUAGGGUUUCACCCCCUCUCCAACCCCAUGCCUCCUGCAAAACUGCACUGGAAGGUCAGAACAUUGUAUAGCAGGAGGAAAGGGGAGAUUGUUCUGAUAGCAUUUCUCUAACAGUGAUGGAACAAUCUCCCUAGUGCUUGGUUGUAUUCUAUACUUUAACAUUAAAAAAAGGAAGAAAGUAUAAAGUGGCAAUGGAGAUGUCAAAGAAUAUAAGGUGUUGUGCAGCCCAUAGAAACACUGGUACCUGCCUUGGAAUCAUUGUUGGGGUUUGCUUUAUUUUGCUUCUUUAGCAAAUAUAACUAUCAUAUUUUGAAUUUUUGCUGCUACAAGAAUCUAAAACUUCUUAAGAGAAACUAUGCCAUGAUUUUUGUUGAGGGUCUAUUCCGUAGCUGCAAAAUUCACAAACUAUUCAGUGAAGCAUGUUAUAUAUUCAAUCUGCUGUCUGCCCUUGUGGUCAGUUUCUCUUGAUAUUCCGUGAACUUUGUUUUACAUUUUCACUCUGGCUAUUGGAAAAUGGCUUUUCAGCCCCUGGAUAAGAACCUCUAAUGUGUAUAACAUCUUGUGUGCUCUCAUCUGCAGUCCUUGGAAAUUUGGAGUACAGGCAGAAAUGAAUUUUAGAUAUUUGUGCAAAUAGCAGAUAAAACUGAAGCUCUUAGUUGUGGCUCAUAAAGCAUGAGAUAUAAUCACUGUUGCCUGUCUUAGCUUUCCUUAAUGUCUUCAUGUCAAUAAAUACCUCUUCUCAUCGAUACAGCAUUUUGUGUGCAUAAAAGUGUGAGUGUGCAUAUUUUCUCUUAUAGCAAAUAUGACUUUAAGGGAAAAAAGAACAACCUCCAGAAGUUACCAGUUUUGUAAGCAGGAGCUGGCAGAAGUCGGGUCCCCAAGGACUGGGGGUGUCCUGAGGGAAGAAUGCAGGUUGAUAGAGGCUACUCUUGAUUUUUCUAUGAGUCUGCCUUCUCACAUGGGGGACCCGUAGAAGGAAAGGUAUUGUGCUUGCAUCUUUAUGCCCCUUUGAUUUAGCAGCAUCAGGUCUGCUCUUUUGUUGGGAGCACACUCCAUAGUGCUUGCUUGUUUUGGUAACAAGCCUUAAUUGCUUGUUCUCUUCUCUGGUCCCAUCCAUGCAGAACACUUCAGCAUCUUUGCUCUUCUCUCUCUCUUCCCCCUCCUCCUCCCAGAAGAUGGAGGAGAAAGAUCACCUCUUAAUCAAGGCACAAGUGCUCUUGCAAAUGAAGUGGCAGGUGGUGGCAAUCCUAUGCACACUUGGAAAGGAAGACUAAUUGCCUUCAGUGGGAUUCCUGUGUAAGCAUGCAAAGAGUUAGGCUGCUGGUAUGUGAGAGUUUCCCCUCUGUGUUGCUUCCACUGUGUUUUCUGUAUAUUUAAGCUUGGACGUAAAUGGUGUGGGCCAGUACCUCUAACUGUUGUAGUAAGCAAAGUCCACUAGAGGUAUUAAGAACUGUGUGAAUGUGUAACUCUGGAGAAGAGGCUGUUUGCACAUGAAUAUAGUGCCUAAAUUUCAGCCUUAUUGGAAAACCAAGGAAAAGCUGCCAAGUGCUACUCUGUUCUUUUUGCUUUAGAUGUAGAAACUAUAGCAUGCUGCAGUAAAACACUCAAAUUAAGGUAGUCUUAGGAGAUGGAAGAGUGUUUGUUACACAUGACAUUAUCUCCUGUCGGCAUAUUUGUUCAGAAAACAUUUUGAUAAAACUAAAUAAUAUUGUAUACUUUUUUUAGAUUCCACAUAUACGUAUUAGACUUAACUGUUCUGCAUUUUUAAAUUAACUAAAUUAUGAUUUGCAAGUUCAGAAUCCAUGAGCAGUAAGCCAAUUAAUUAUUUGGGAAUCUGUCUUAUCUUGACCUGAAUAAGUAUUUAUUGAUUAUGAUCCAUUGUAAAACAUUUCCUUUUCAAAGGUUGGUAUAUUGGAAUGGGGUAAAUCUAACACGGGAUUUAUUCAUAUCAGCAGUAAAAAUUAAUAUAAAUCAUGAAUACAUUAUUAGUUUUUGGUUCACCUCCACUGUUUUAGCAGUACUGGUUAGCUUCAUUCAGUAGACAAAAAAUGAUUGUUUUGUCGGGACAGAGGAGAAAGCCAGGAGUUGGUAUUUUAAUGCUUCAAAGGGAGGAAGAGCUAGAUUAUAGGUUCAAGUGGUUCCUUACAUUUUAUAUUGUUCCAAGGCUGAUUUAUAGGAUGACUUAAUAUACAGUAUUUAUUACAUUUCUGUUACCUUUUCUAAAAAGCUCAAGGUGUACCAUAAUAAAUGUGUAGCUUAAUAUAAAAUAAAUAAAAUCAGACACUGAAUGAUUGCUCACAGAAUUGCUUUAAUCAACAGUAAGAGAUGCAAAACCGCAAUCAGUAGAUGUUUUACCAAUAAGAUGUAGAUUUGCUUCCUUGCAUCUGUGACGGUGGUAUAUACAGUAGCUGUCAAUGUUGAAGAAACACCCAGUUGCUUGGCUGCCAUGGGUACCUUUAAAAUCCAGUCUCUUCUCUCCUCUCCCUGUAUAGCAAUUUGGUGAACAUGGGGAAAUUCUCUACCAGAGUUUGUGAAAAGGAGGUCACUUACAGCUGAUCAUGUUUGGAACUGACUAUUUAGUUUUCCAUAUCUUAAGAGCAUCUGAUCCUUGCUUCCCUACUCCAUGAAAUCUAUGAUUAAUCCUCCUGUGUGUUUUUCCUGAUAAGUGCUUAUUUUUGGAGUUCAGAAAGCUGCCAUUGGAGAAGCAAACUGCAACACUUUUGAACUCCAGGAUUUCUGCCUGAGGUUUCUUAAAUGUAAAUUCACCUUUGUUUGGGCUGGCCUGUGUAGCUUGAUAAUGCAAUUACAGAUGUGUGAACUGAGAGCUGAGUGAACCUUUGUAGUUGUGCUUAAAAACUCACCUGAAGCAUUUUUGGCCUAAACUCUCCAGCCACCUGACAGUUAAGCUAAUUGAUUCGCUAUCUGUAAAUAGCUGUGGUAUCACAUGAUACCUUACUCCAUCUAGUAACCUGGUUGGACAGUUACUGGAAGAAUAGAAGACCUGGUUGGACAAUUACUUUGAAGAAUUGAAGACUUAACUCUUACUUUUCUUUCUUCAGUAACUUUCUUAUGCAAUAAAGCAAGACUUGAAAGACUGCUCCAUUUCCGAGCAGGUCCUACCCUUCUAAUUAUUUGAGUGAGUAGCUGAAAUAACUACUUAUGACUCAACCGAGGUUACACAUGCAGGUAGUUAGAAGUUCAAGAAUAAAUAAAGCGAUUGUAGCUUUAGGAGGCCAUAUAUGCUCAGUUGGAAAAGCAACACUGUUGGCGCAAAUCUUAAAGUAAUUCCAUUCAAUAUGAGAUCACUCCAGGGACUACUGGAACAUAGAAUACUCCUCCUAGAUAUGCAGUAGGCAUCCUUCGUUGCAUAUUCUUCUAGCUUUCCUUUUUUUGCCUUGCCUCAUGCUGAGAAACUAGAUUCAGUUUUAAGAUGCCAUCCAUGAACUUGGCUGCCAACAGUGUAGGCGAAUCCAUGCAGGGUGUGGGCACAUCCAGUCUGUGGAACACAGAAGAGCCCUGUGCUCCCUCCAAAGCUUCUUCUGUGACUCUGCUGGUUUCAAAUGAGUAUUCUCUACUCACAGCCUUUGCUAAGCCAAACAAGUACGAAACAGCUGGGGAAGUAAUUCAGACUGUAAGCUCCUCUUACAGUCUGAAUUGAGAUGAGAAACAUCCCAGUUCUAUUUGUUGCUUGGAGUGAAAUACCUUUUGAGUUGGGCUCGCUUGGAUGUAGAGAGGAAGAUUCUCAGCAAGACAUUAUUUUGGAGAUCUAUAUGGGUGAAGUUACUCCGUUGUCAUCCCCAGUCCUUGCUAGUGGUGGCUUUACUUCUGACAGCCAAAUUGCUAAAAUCAGAAUUAACUGGGGAAGCCACUCCAACUCAUGAGAGCAUUUCCUUUCCUAGUCUGUGCUUAUCUGAACACCAAUGCACCAAUGAGUAUUUAACUCAGAAGCUCACUUCCAGCAUAUACCUUCUCUGUUUUCUUGCCCUCUGGGGCCAGCAUAGCUACAAAGACUUAAAGCACAUGCUUGAGAGUAAAAAGGUGGGAUUAAUAUGACUCCUUGAGCUAUACAAAACCUGCUUGGAGGACGCGUUGCCCACUCCUGUUCUAAAUCCAUAUGCAGAAGGUAUAGCUGCCAGUGUGCUGCUUUUGUAAAACUAGUUAUGUGCUCAUGCUUGCUUAAAUUGGGCUUUGUGUGCUCUUGCUAAGAAACUGCUUUUUGAUUUAUUCCCCAGGUCAGUUUAACCUACUCAGAUCUGAAGUACUGUAUUGUCGGUGACCAGAACAAUAGGGCUGCUUGCUGAUUGUGCUUUCCCCCUUUUCUGAUAUUGCUGUAAGCACUAGAAAACCUCCUUUGGUCCUGGCUGCAGUAAUAUGUUGCCAGCCAAUGCUCUUGGCAGUGGACCAGUGCUUCUGGGCUUCAUUGGUAGAAGCUUCUUCUAUUGAAGUAGACUGUAAUGUACUUUUGCUUGCUUGCAUGGGCUGUGAUCAUGAUCAGAAAUCAAUGGGACUUUCCUUCCAUGUAGAUGUGUCUUGAAUGUGAGAACUGAACAACUUAGGAUGGUGUGUUUAAACAAAUAUGUGAGGUUAGCGGGAAGCAAAGCCACUUUUUUGAGCUUGAAUGCACACAUGAUCUACAGUUGCAAGACUAAGAGGAGCCUUCCCCCCAGAGUACUGCAGAUAUACUGAAGUAAAUAGUUGAGUGUCACAUUUUUUUAUCCCACCCUUCCUCCAGGGAGCUCAAGGUGUUGAACAUGUACCAGCACAUUGCCCUCAUUAGAGGGUAGCUUAGACUGAGUCACAGAGACUGGCCCAAGGCCAACUUGUUAGUGUCGUAGUGGGGAUCUGCUUUGAACCCAGCUCUUCUGGAUCCAUUCUCUCUUCUACACAACAUUGACUCUCUUAUUUUGGCUUUCUCCUGUCUCAAUGAAUAUUCAGAUACUUACUUCUCCAGUAAGCUUGUGUGUUUCUGUUUCUUAUUAUUACUUGUUUUAUCCUCUUGUGUACCAUGUUCAGUCAUAUCUCGGGUUACAGCCACUUCAGGUUGCGUUUUUUCGGGUUACGCACCCGCCGAAACCCGGAAGUACCAGAACAGGUUACUUCCGGGUUUCAGCAGUUGCGCAUGCGCGGAAGCACCGAAUCGCAACCCGUUCAUGCACAGACGCGCUGCUGCGUUUUACAAACGUUCAUCCUAGAGUGCACAAAUCACAUUCGCAACCCGAGCGUCCACUGUAUAUAUUUGCCACUUGCUCAACUUCAGACGUCAGCAUUUAGCUUAGGGUACAUCAUGUCAAACGCAACUGUCCCCACAAUGCCAUCUCCUGUAGUGAUUUGUAGUAAUUACUAUUGUUGUUGUAAUUCAUUAUCUGCUCUUCCCCCUGAGGUCCCAGAGCAGGUUGCAACAAUUCAACUUGAAAAACAAUUUUUAAAAUGACAAAGAAUGCAAUUUUCAAAAAUAUGGUGGACCUUUAAAAUAUGCAUAUCGGAUGUGAAAGGCUGGAGUAAAGAGGUGCAUUGACCUCAGGUUGUCCAGUCUGCACUAAGCAAGCUUCUUGCUAAGAACGGUUUCUUUGUCUUCCUUUCUGGAAAAGAAAACAUUUGACAUAGCAAGACUCCUAUGCCAUUUUUUAAGAGAACACUUCAAACUAUGUGGCUGACUUGAAUAAAUGGAUUCUAGCCCUCAGGUGGUCAGUGAAGGUAAGGAAGCAAGCUCCUUUUAUCUUAGAAAAAGAGUGGUUAUUGUUUGUUGGUAUUGAUUUUGAUCGCUGGAUAUCAGUCACUGGCCAGGAAGCUUGCUUCAGGGACCUUGUGGGAAGAUAAAACUAGAACUGAUAAAGGAAGAAUUGCUGUUGGCAAAUGAAACCUGUCAAAUCCUAAAAUUCAAAACAAUGUCUGGCCAGAGGCUAAACUUCUAAGAAAACAAAUUAUUGUCCCAACACACAGGGUAAAGUUUGAAUUGCAAAUAAAUAGUAGUGUAGAAUUUCCCCUUUUAUUGACUGUCUUGUAAGACUGCAUUCAAGAGUCUUGUGCAUUGUUGAAAAACAGUGCAGUGGCAAAUGUAUUCCAAGGCAGAAUGCUGUUUACAAGGCAAAGAGACACAUCAUGCUGGCUGUUCAUUCUUGGACUAUCCGCAAAGUGCAGGGGUCUCUAAAUCCAUCAUGCAUAUCAGAUGAAAAUACUUGGGUGAAUUGGUCAACAAAAGAAAAUAGAUUUACAAUCCCUUAUACAUAAUGUUUAUGUAAAAAUUAUGCUGAAAUUCUGGUUUUACUAUGCUGGCUGUUUAGCUGUAAUAAUAAAAAUUCAUUCCUAUACACAGAGUACUCUAAAAUAGCUUUUUGUACCCAAAGUGCCUCACAUACAUUCUCAGUCAUUCUUAAUAGUAGCUCUGUAAAAGCAGGUCAGUACUAUCCCCAUGUAAAGUUCAAGGGACAGGGUUAACUGUAGUUUUUGAAAGACCGACUAAUAGCUAUGUGGAUCAGGUAAUACUUGAACUUCUUAGGUCACAUACCUAUCUACUACAUUGACAGUUCUUUUUUUCUAGCUAUUGUACAUAAGCCAUCAGUUUUGCUUUCACAGAUACAACUAAGAAGAUGAGGUGUUCUUACUGCAACAGAUUACCUUCUGCUUAUGUCUAAAAUAGGAACGUGCAGAAUCUCAGCAUAGGAAUUUGUAGAAUCUCAGUAACUAAAUCUAUAUUCUUUUGAGUAACUGAAAAUGAUGUGGCAUUAAAAUAAUAAUAAUAAUAAUAAUGGUAAUAAUUCAUUUAUUUGUUCCCCAGCCACUCUAGGCAGCUCCCACAGAAUAUUAAAAGCACAAUAAAACAUCAAACAUUAAAAACUUUCCUAAAUAGGCCUUUGAUGCUCAUUUGGAAAGGAGUUCUGUGUUUGCAGAUUCACACAUGUUCUUACAUCAGUCAGGACUGUUGGUGACUUGUGGAAGACAGUUGGUAGUCCACCACAGCUCAACCCAUGUGAUGUAUCAGCAGAGUAAGCAGUGCCCCAGCAGGGUCUCCAGAGAUUUCCUGCUUCCAACAGAACAGCUUCUUCCAGAGUCCCCAGUUAAGGGGAAAACUCCUCUCCCACACAGUUCUAAGGAACAAUAUGUUUAUUGUCUCCAGACACAAAAGCUAAACACUACUCUCUAUGCAGUUAUUCUGGUCUCUAAAGUAAAGGUACCUAAGUACAGAGAGAUCUGCUCACACCAUCCCCAGGCUACCUAACGUUGCUGUGCAAAACCCACAGCCUCUUUUCCUGACACGCACAGAUUCAGAGUCAGACCCUGACACACACAAGCACAGUAGGACUUGGACAGGACACGACAAGACAUAAGGACAGCAAUAGUCCUAGAGACUAUUAUACCCGUCUCUACACAUUGGCCUAUUUUCUGAACCAGUGGGAAUGUGAAUGACUCAGCCAGUCAUACCCUCGACCUCAGUAGUGUUGCCAUGGUAGCCCAGUGCACCUGACAUCCUUAUUGCAGGACAUCCAGACCUGGUAGGGGGGAUUGUACUCCUCAAGACAUGAGCCCCAGCACUGUAAUUUAGCCCAUUGUUCACAUUACACCAACAAGGAAUUCCAUGAAGCUUGUGCUUGUAGAGAUGCGUGCUCAGGGUAACUAAAUACCAAUUAGUUAUCUGUAAUGCCCUUUAACUAUUUCUUACUCUCAAUAAAGAUGGAUUGUUCUGCCCUUUCAACCUGCAGCCUCUGGGGGAAGGAAAUCUAAACUCUGCUACUCCCUUUGCCCUAAGAAGAGAUGUGUGGUUGUACUCGUGAAUUAAAUGACAUGCAUUAUAGGGGUGUGAUCUUACUGGUAGUGCUAGUAACGCAUCUGUUCUAUCCUCUGGAUCUGUAGUCCUACAAUGGAGGGAUUAAAAAUAAAUAAAUCCUGCUACAUCCUUACAAGUGUAUAUGAUUUGCUAGCCCACCAAAAGAAGCCACAGUUUUUUGCCUUGUCACUAUGAGUGAUAGAGCUGCUUAGAGAUUGGGCUGGCAUGUUAGCUUCCCAGAAGGAGGUGCUGUUUGUCCUGGGGAGAUGGCUAAGAGCAAGGUUGUCAUAAUGGCUUGGAAAGGGGUGAGCGCUCUGCAAGUCAGGGUAUUGGAUGGCAACAGCAGUACUUUGAAACAGGUUGCCACAUGCGUCUGGCUGGAAGAAAGACUCAGAAAAGCACAGACGAGAAUUCAGUCACUGCAGAGGGGACGAGAUACAGAGUGCAUUAUUAAUGACGCCAUCCUUUGUUGGAAAGCAGAGGGAGGGGGCAGUCUAUUUGCUAUAGUCACUAUGCUGAAUGAGUUAUAAGCAGACCUAUUAAGCCAAACAACUGAAUCACAUUUUCUUGAAAGAUCUCUGCCAAGGAAUGGGGAAAUGAGAACUUGACUUUCCAUGAUUGUGGCAUUUCACUGCAUUUAGAAGAUGAGGAAGUGUAACUCGUGGUGUGGCUCUGACCUAUCCCAGCAUGUCCCAGACCCAUCCCAGUGUCUCUGGGUCUCGACAUCCAUGAGGAAAAUCUUCAUCCCCUCCAGUAAAGGACCUUGUUGCCUCACAGAGGAGGUGGGCAAAUAUAACAACUCACCUCCCUGCCAAAGCCAUCUCCCUUGCUUUGUACUGUAGACCCUGGCUGUUGUCCUGGCUAAAUGGCACUCAUGUUGUUGGAAGGAUGGAGCCCCUUAUUAGUCAGCACUGAAAGCCUUUCUGGAAGGGCCUGUUGGUAGAUAUACUAAAUCUCAAUAUAUAUGCCUAUUUCCUGCAGACUUGCCAGUCAGAAUCGUAGGUUUUGAAGGCAUUUGGGGACAAGAGACCUGUCAAAUCUAAAUAUGCCUUUAUGUCUUCAGACUCUUGAAUCACUGCUCCUACUUGUAGUCCCCAAACACUGGUUGCCUUGGGUCUCGGUAACAACUCUGUGAAGUGAUUGGAUAAGCAGGUCAUUACAUACUUCCACCAACCAUUUCAGUUAGUAGCCUUUCUAGGACACAUAAAAUGGUAAAAGAUUUGAUUUUUUAAAAAAGGUUACUGCUCAAAAGGGCUGUACAUCUGUCUCUCUUGAUUUUGUUAGAGUAGAACCGAAGGUUACUUUUGUGGGGUACUGCUAACCAUUUCUGAUGACAACUAUUUUUUUCUAUUGACUUAAAACAGUUCAUUGUUGGGAGAAUAGCAUUACCAGAUUGACUAUUAGCAUAUACUUGCAAGAGCUCCUUAAAAAAAUUAAAAAUUAAACGGCCUGCUUUUUCCAGUAGCAUUCUUUUGAAAUGCAAAAAUAGCCCCUCUUGAAAUGUAAAUAAUCUCCCUGGAUCAAUUAACCAUGUCUCCUUGGUGAAAAAUAGGCAUUGUUUUGGCUUCAUGGGUAGAGAGAUGAGGAAGAGACCAACCGUGACUCUGGAGUGUGAGGUGUCCCUCUAUUAUGCAAUAAGUAGCUUCUCAAGUACAAAGGUAGCUGUCCAAGUGAAGAUGUAGUUCUGCCAGCAAAGCAAGUUGGGAUGUGUUUAUUAUUUUAUUUUUUACUUUGAAGUCUGCAUUACCCCAUAGACAGCUGGGAUGCAGAUACACUGCUAAAUAUGCAUGUAUUACUGGAUCAGCUGAUCCCUUCUAAUGAUGAUGGUAAGCCAGGAGGGAGAUUUCGGCAUUCAGAGUGCCUGCUGACCCUUCUCUCUGAAAUGCCAGAAGAUAAGAAAAGGAAAAGGGCAAAUUCAAUUUGGCUUGCACAGUAGCUUCAAAAGAUUCUCUCUCCUCUGUUCAGGAAACUGCUGCUGGUUGCUUAAUAGGAAGCAGCCAGUAAUUUUCCCUAUGUAAACGGUUCUCCUUUUGCAAUCCUUUUUCCUCCAGAGAGAUUUUUUAUUAAAAACGCUAUCUUGCAGACCUCUUUCAAAAUCAAGUGUCCUGUCAGUAAUGUGCAUUGACUAAGCUAUUCGCUUGGGUUUCCCUUUUUGAUUGACUAUGGAAAGUAUUUAUUGCAAGCCUAUAUACUAGUAGUGAGCUCAUUCUCCCAGUGUGGAUCAUGGUGUAACCAAAACAGCACACCACCCUUGUACAGAAGGGGUGGGGUACAGGGUUGGGAGAACCCAAGACUUCCAGAUGUAUAAAACACUGAGACCAAAUCCCAAAAUAGCCUGAGUAACAAAUGAACAUAUUUUUGGAACUCCUGUUUGCUGAGGUGGGCUUGGGGAAUGGGAGGGACUAUCCAGGAACAGAAAGUGUGGUUGGAUAAGUGAACAGAAAACAGUGCAGUAUUUUUUUCCAGGUUCCAGCUAAGUCUUUAAAAUGCAGUUUCCCAGCAUUCCAUUAAACUCUGAUCUAACCAAUCCAGGGUGAGACCAUGCAGGUGAGCCCUGGCUUGAGCGCAGUGUCUGGAAGACGGGCAAAGGUUUGGUACAAACACCUGCAUGCUAUCUCGAACUGCAACCUUUUGCUUGAUCCCAUAUAGAUACAUAACUGUAUAUUGGGGGGGGGCUGUUUUUGUUUGUUAAUACAUUAUGUAUUUUUGCGUUUUUGAUAUAAACUGCCUUGUGAUCCUUGGAUCGAGUGUGGCAUAGAAAUUAAUUAUGUGUAUAAAUAAAAUAAAUGUUUGACAUUCACCUUAUGGGGGGAAAUAAAUAGUUGGACAGGGCUCUAUUGCAGCAAGGGCAAAACUCUGCCCUGUCAACAGAAUUUUGGCAAAAUACCAUUUUUUUUCAGUGGGAAAAAAGGUUGUAAUUUAAUGGUUUCUAAUCUGUUACCUGAGAAACAUUCCAGCUCAGAGAUAUUAAACUGCAUUUCAAGCAUCUGGGUAGGCUUGUCUAAACAAAAAUGUUUUUAAGCAGGCACCAAAAGGAGUACAGCAAAAGCACCUGCUUGAUAUCAGUAGGCAGGGAAUUCAAAAGUGUAGGUGCUACUAUACUAAAUGACCGAGUUUCUUACAAAUGCAGAAAAGGUACAACACGACACCUGUAGCAGUGCCAGUUCUGCUGAUCAAAGUAGUCAAGUGAGCACAUGUAGAGCAAGGCGAUCUUGUAGGUAAACUGGUCCCAAGUUGUUAAGGGCUUUAUAGAUGAACAAUAGCACCUUGAACCUGGCCUGCUAGCAGAUCAGCAUCCAGUACAAAUCUCUGAGCACAGGUGUUACCGUAUCAGGGGUCAGCAAAAAUUUUUAGUAGGGGGCCGGUCCCCGAUCCCUCAGACCCUGUGGGGGGGCCGACCAUAUUUUGAAGAAGAAAAAAUGAACGAAUUCCUCUGCCCCACAAAUAACCCAGAGAUGCAUUUUAAAUAAAAGGAUGCAUUCUACUCAUGUAAAAACAUGCUGAUUCCCAGACCAUCCGCAGGCCGGAUUUAGAAGGUGAUUGGGGCGCAUCCGGCCCCCAGGCCUUAGUUUGCCUACCCAUGCCAUAUAUGCUGACAUGGCUUCAAUUGUGCUUGCCUGCAACUGUGCUGAAGCAUUUUGUACUAACUGCAGCUUAUGGGAUCUAGUGCGAGGGAAGCUCCACAGAGAGCCCACUGCAGUAAUCCAGCCUUGAAGUAAACAAUGCUUGAACUAGUCUGUGACAAGGUUUUCCUGGUCCAGGAGUGGCUGUAGCUGGCAAACCUGUCACAGUUGGUAAAAGGCACUUCCGGCCACCAAGAAAGCCACUUAAUUAAGACAGAUUCCACCUCAAUACUCAAUGCCUUUUCAUUAGCAGGAGACACCUGCUGGGAGGUGAUACUCACUGAUUCCUCCUUCUCCUGGCAGCCCCCAGCACCAGUUUCCAUGCUGUUCUGGAGAGUUCCCCAGCCUUCCUGAACGGCUUUUAGGGGGAAGGGGGGGGGAGGCCUCCAUGUUUCCUUCCUUCAGUGUAAGUGGAUCUUUGCUCAUUACAUAUCUGGAUCUAGCCCUCUCCUUGUGGCCAGCCUACCUGCGCUUUUUAGAUGGCGCGAGUUAUUAAUGUUGAUUGCAGCUGUAGUCUGAAUUAUAUGGUGUUGCCAUAGACAACAAGCAUUUCCAACAUCCUCCUUCUCCCUCGCCCAGUGUUCCCUGUAGAAAAUGGGGUGGGUGUAACGUAAAUAUUAAAUAAUGCUAAGAAUUCAGUUUUAGGGUGUUUUCAUUAGAAAUUGGAACCUGGUGGUGUGAAGAAAUAUUAAAUGGAAUGCUGCAGUAUUACUUGUAGUACAGCUCUUCUUUUGACACUGUAUCAGAAAGUCAAUUUAUAGCUCAAGGUUUGACUUCUUGGGCGAUACAAGCCUUCUUAGUUGCUGACUUUGUUAUUUAUGAAGGCCAAGAAAUAGAGAUUUCUGCCGCAAGGAAAAUCUUAUUAUUUCUCUCGUUCCAUACUAAGAAAAAUGGUAUUGGUCAGGAAUUUCAGCUGAAGAAUCUGAUGCUGUUUGGUUUUUCUGAUGCUAGAACUGUGCUUGUCAAAUUACUGAGAAAACACUGCAUUGGUUGUGGCUUGCAAGACACAUUUUCCCACAUCCAAAAAGCAAUGGGAGGGGAUCCAGAGGACACAGUUUUGGUCCUUCUUUGUGGCCACUGUAAUUCAGUUAACAGAUUUGACUUGAGACCUACCUAGUUAUAUUAUGAAAUCCAUAUUAGGACAAUACUUUUAUUAAGCCAACCAAAUAGGGUGCAAGCUUUUGAGAUCUCAUAAACUUUUUAUCGGUCUGCAGAGAGAAGAAUUUGGUUGAUGUUGAAGCUGUAAGAAGAACAGUGUGUGCCUAUUUAUCUGUUUUUGGUUCCUCCAUCACAAAGUAUAGUUUCUUGCAGCUCCAUAGGACUGAAUGGGGCAGGGAAGAGGAGGAGGACGAUCCAUGUACUCUAAGGAGGCGCAGGUUGGUGGGCAGGUGAAGCGACCCCUGACCGUUAAGUCCAGUCACAGACAACUCUGGGGUUGCAGCGCUCAUCUCGCUUUACUGGCCAAGGGAGCCGACGUUUGUCUGCAGACAUCUUCCAGGUCAUGUGGCCAGCAUGACUAAGCCACUUCUGGCAAACCAGAGCAGCGCACAGAAAUGCCGUUUACCUUCCCACUGGAGUGGUACCUAUUUAUCUAUUUGCACUGCGUGCUUUCGAACUGCUAGGUUGGCAGGAGCUGGGACCGAACAACGGGAGCUCACCCCGUCGCGGGGAUUCGAACUGUCGACCUUCUGAUAGGCAAGCUCUAGGCAGUGUGGUUUAGACCACAGCACCACCCACAUCCCUUGGGGGCCAAGCUAAAACAGUGUGUGGAUGUUUGCUCCUUUGGGAAGAAGAAGAUGCCUUUGCUGCCUUUUUGUUACACCAGUUGAUGCAGUGGUACUCCAAAACUUAAAAGGGAGUCUCGAGGACACUUGGCUCUGAUAAGUAUUUCACCAGCACAACAUAGGUGCUUGACUGAGUUAUUCUACUGGUUGAGCAUCUGCAACAGAUCAUACUACACCAGUUCUCUAUUGAGAAAGAUACUAUUGCUCCUGCUGGUUGGUAUUUAUUUUCACAUAGAUGUUUGAAGGUGGGAAUGUUACUUGGCUGUUCAGCUUUGAAUAUGUGAAACACUGUAUGUGUGGUCAUGCACACAGAUAUAACUGCCACACAGUAAAAUAUAUGGAUGUUGUCUUGUCAAGACAACCAUGCUACCCUAGGGAAUGGUUCCUGAAAGCCCACAUACAGAAAGAACUCACUUUCACAUGCAGAAAUGUUAUUGGGGUUGCAGAGACUAGGCACACAGAAAAUGCUUUAGGAGAGGGAUGGGGACCUUUUCCAGACUGAGCACUGCAUUCUCAUCUGGGCAACCUUCUAGGCAUCAUAUGCCAGUGGUGAGCAGAACCAGAAGGAAAAGUGGGUGAAGCAGUGGUGUACGGUAGGCUAGUUUCUACAGAUGCUCAGAUGAAUUGUGGGGGCAUCUGGUAACUAGAGCCUUAUAUGGAAGUAUGCCCUUGAUGGUCUCUCAAAUACAGUGCACUCCUGAUCUCCUCACAAGAUGGUUUCUGAAUUCACCUCACGUGUUAAAGGUGCAAGUUUUAAUCUUGCCUCACUUUGUCUUCUUCAAAAAAUUAUUUCGGUUGACUAUUAGUUUUGUAUGAUUAGAUUUCUAAGGUUCACUUUUCCAGUGCUAUGAUUAACCGUUUACAUUUCUAGAGUGAACUCCAGCCUUUUAUUCUAUUUUCUAAGUGGCCCAUUCCUGCCAUAACCAUGCUUUGUUUUUGCUUUGUGUGUGUUGGAACAGUCGUCCCUAGCACUCCAUUCUGUAUGCUUGUCUAUUCAUAUUUUGACCAGUAAACGUCCCUAAGUAUCUUUCUUACGACUCUUGAUUGAUCAGACCUCGCCUGGGGAGGGAUUGUGCAGAAGGAGCCCCAAGACACACCAAACAGUAGGAUUCCAGUAAUAAAGCUUUAUUAAAUCAACAGCAGUUGAUCUAAGUUCCUAUUAUAACGCUGUAUACUUACGUCACCUCAGCUGUCUAGACUGCUCAUAGAAAAAAAUUUGGAAGCUGGAGUCUUGGCAGUACACUGCUGCUUAAAAAAAGUCUCAUCCAACUUGCUUCUGUACUGUGCUCUUACAGCCAUGUGUCUGCCAUAUUUUGCCACACAUUGGGCAUUUUGUGUGUCUGUUGCUUCAGUGCCAGCAUGGCUAGGUGGCCUUGGCCACAUCUCCUUGGCAACGUCUUCUGUCUCUCACGGCUUCUGGCCUGCUGCCUAGAAAGAAACUCAUACAUACCUAUUCACUCCAUUCCUCAUAUCAAGUGUGUUGCAAACAUGUUGUCAAGCAUGUCGUGUAUCAAUAUGCAGUCAGUAUACACUAGUAAAGGUAAAGGUACCCCCUGACCGUUAGAUCCAGUCGAGGACGACCCUGGGGUUGCGGCGCUCAUCUGACUUUAUUGGCCAAGGGAGCCGGCGUAUAGCUUCCAGGUCAUGUGGCCAGCAGAACCACAGCAGCGCACGAAACGCCGUUUACCUUCCCACCGGGGUGGUACCUAUUUAUCUAGUUGCACUUUGUGCUUUUGAACUGCUAGGUUGGCAGGAGCAGGGACUGAGCAACAGGAGCUCACCCCGUCGCGGGGAUUCGAACCGCCGACCUUCUGAUCAGCAAGCCCUAGGCUCUGUGGUUUAACCCACAGCGUCACCCACGUCCCUGGUGCUAUCUUCCAAAUAAUUGGCAUGAGCUACAUCACUUUUCAAUUUUAAAUGUGCUAGAAGUGUUGGUAAUUUAACUUGUCAGCGUAAGUUUGCCUUCCUGUAGUUGGCUUCCUGUUUUGUUAUGACAGAGAGCAUAUUCAUCAACCUGGCUUACUUCAGGACAUGACAUCUGAAGCCAAAACCAGCUGAUUUUCUUGACCAUCCUGCUUUACCAUAUAGACCAGAAUAAAGGCACUGCCACUGUCAAUCUGCAGACAUCUCAGACUGCAAUCUGGGAAUCAAAAUCCACUUAGAAUAAAUUUUCUUAUAUGUAAGGGACAGAGCCAAGACUUACAUAAUUUGUUCUUUGUCUUUUCAACCACAGUGAUGCAAAACUAGGCUUAAGGCUGAUGGUGUAUUAGCAUGUGCCCAGUCUAAAAGUGUGGAAUCACACAGGAAAAGGAAGAGUCAAACGGGCUGGUGAUUCCAGCUGUAGCAGUAAAAUGCACAUCUAACUUUCUGUAUAUUUUGUUUUUCAGUAUUAGUAGAAAAGACCCAAGUACACUUCAACCUUUCAACAGCACGACUGAGAGCUUUAAAACUCCUUCUUAGCUCCACAAUGUUUUCACAGGCAUAACGUAACGUUGGAUGAUAACUGGGCUGCAAAGCCAGAGAAGCCAGAAACAGUUGAAGGCAAAAUCACGUUUGCCAAAGUGGACUGAAGGGUAUUCAGUUAAUAGGAUGAUUCCUCCCACUGGAUUGGAGUCCACCUAUUAACAGAAUAUCCUCCAGUCUACUCUCCAAACAGAAAUUCAUAGUAAAUUGUUGUUAUUGUUAUAGACAAGCCCAGGGGGUAUGUAGUGGGGAGGAGAGAAAUAGUGGUAAUUAUGUGAUGCACUGAGGAAAAGAAACUACUGUAAUUCUGAUCAUAACUCAAAAGGGAUAUUUUAGAAUUGGAAAACGUUCAGAAAAAUGAAAACAAGAUCAGAGGAAUUGAGUGACUUGCCUGUGAAGAAAGGUUGGAGGAUUGUGAAGGGUUUUUUGUUUAGAGAAAAGGUGAUUAAGAGAUGAUGACGUGAUAAAAAAUUAUGAAAUGAUGCUUGGCAUGGAGAAAGUGGAUAGGGAAGUUUUCUUCCUCUCUCAUAACACUAGGACUUGUGGACAUCCCAAUGAGGCGGAAUGUUGGAAGAUUCAUGACAGAUAGAAGGCAGGCUGGUUGGCCACUGAACAGGAUGCUGGACUAGAUGGGCUAUUGACCUGAUCCAGCAAGCUCUUCUUAGGUUCUCGUAUCGCAGGCUUUCCUGGCAGCUGAUUGGCUUAAUAUUUUAAGCAUAUUUAGUCAUCUACCAAUGAGAGCUGUUAGUAAAAAUGCAACACUCAAGGGAAAUCGGAAAAGAGAACUAAUUCAGGUCUGUAUUAAAGGUGUGAGGCUGAAAUACCUGGACAACUUGCUCUAUCACACGUGGAUUAUUGGAAGAUUUUAUACGUGUCAAAAAAACCUCACCAACCUCUGCUAUAUCUAAAAAGUACUAUGUAUUUUGGAAUGGAACACAGUUUCCUUCACAGGUGUAUGUAACAUGUCGCAACCAUCUCUGCCACCAUUGGUGUUAAAUGGAAAGCUACAGUGGUAAUUUUCUGUUCUACGUAGCUUUGUCCUCCCUGCCUGAACAGGCAGGUUCAUGACAUUACUGAUGUGUUUGCUGCUGAACUCCCAGAAAAGAAAGUUAGUAGCUUUUGGUUAUUUUGAAAGAAAUGUUCAUCCAAUUACAUUCUACAGAUUGCCACUUGGAGCUGCUUUGCGGCUCCUUCUAUUUUCUUACCCCGGUAGCUAUUUCAGGAUAAAUAUAGGAGCCUCCAUUAGUGGAAUGAAAACAUAGGAUCUCUAAGAAGGAGAUUUCUCAUUUCACGUGUCCCUUAAUUUCUGGAAAUAUUCCCCAUCAGGUUAAACUUUCCAGGUUUCUGUAGGCAUGAGAAGUUUGUUAAUUUUGCAACUCGUCAUAGGUAGCAGGUCAUACGUGGCUAAGCUAUAAUUCCUUAUCUAUCUAUAAAAGGAUCCUGUUCUUCCGCUGUCCACAAAGGCAUAGUUAUUUUCAACAACUAACAUUCUCCUAACAGUUUGCAGUCUGACGCAGUUCGCACUUCAAAAUAAACAUGCAUAGAAUUGUGUUGAGUUUUUAAUACUAGAAUAAUUUUCCAAUUUCUUUAUGAAGCCAUUAUCUGGAGAGUGUCAGUUGAGUCAAAUGAUGUUCAAGUCAGAUUCCUACAAGCCUUUCUGCAGAUUCCAAGAUGUGUUCCUAAUGCAGCUAUAUUUAUCCAACUGAAACUUGCUUUGCAACUUCUCUGGCCUCUUGGAGGUCAACAGGCAUUGUUCCCCUUCUCAGUACAACAGUAAAAAACAAAACAAAAACACAAGUUGAAACAGAUCAACAGUUAUUAAAAUAAUAAUAAUCAGUUGCUGCUUGUGAGACAACUCAUCUUCCAGUAAAACCUGUAAAAAUGGGAUGAGGCAAACUUCCAAGAAGUUCCAACAAAAUACAGUGUUGGAAACUCUCUAACUUCGCUGGGCUCUGCAUUCAAUAAUGCUGAAGAUUUUCUUUACCCGCCAGAAUUGCAGCACACCCCAUAGAGCAGGCUUCCUCAACCUCGGCCCUCCAGAUGUUUUUGAGACUACAAUUCCCAUCAUCCCUGACCACUGGUCCUGCUAGCUAGGGAUCAUGGGAGUUGUAGGCCAAAAACAUCUGGAGGGCCGAGGUUGAGGAAGCCUGCCGUAGAGCAUAAAAAGAGCUUUGCUGGAUACCACCAAAGGCCUCUCUAUUCCAUUGUCUUUUCCUACAGUGUCCAGGCAGAAGCCCAAAAGCAAGACAUGAAGGAAAAGCCCAUCUUGGCAUGUUGCCUCUGAUCCCGGAGGUAGCCUAUAGCCACCACGACCAGUAGCCAUUUGAUAGCCUUAUUGUCCAUAAUCCCCUUUUAAAGACAUCUAACUUUGCGGCUACAUCUUGCGGCAAUGAAAAGAUCCCUGACUGUAGCCCGUAAAAUGGAACUUUAAAGACAAACAAAUUCUAAGGUGUUUCAGCACUCCUCUGUAGUAUGGAGUUUAGUCUCCCCCAUGCAAUCGGAGACUAAACUGAAGCCUUUUUUGGUUUGAGUGUUCAGUGAACAGUCUGCACUGUUAAGUUGCUCAGUUGUGACUGCUGGAAACAACACUUGUUUAUGAGAGGUUAGAGUGACAUUUCUAUAUAAUCACCUGCACUGGAAUAUUUAUUGAAGAAUUGUGAAGCCUUGAGGCAAGCAAUAACGUAAAGUACAUUGUUUGCAGUAUGCCCCCCCCUUUAUUUUUGUUACAACUAUUUGUAUCUCAGCUUUCAGGAUACAAAUCCUUACAAGUAACACUAAAGUACAUGUUUUUAAAACCACGAUAAACAAUUUCAACCUAUAAAAUAUCAUAAUCCUUUCCACAGGGCUGUUGAUGGUAAAAUGAUCUUGGGGUGGAGGAGAGUGCUACUGGAGCAGGCUGCUGAUGCCUUCUUCACUCACCUCACCUCCCUCUUUCUUGGAAUAUUUCCCAUAGCGUUGUUGUUGGUGAAAUCACAAGCAGGUGUCCUGCUUGCAAAGAGGCCCUACACACAAGCAGGAGCUCACACAUCGGAAUUAUUUUGCAGACAGUAUUUUGCAGGCAGUUGUUGCAAGAAGCAGGUGCAGCAACGGAGGCUGAGCUGAAAGCAUAGGGCUAUAUUAAUCUGUCACUCGAAACCAGUUUAAAUUGUUUGCCUAAACAGGAAAAUAGUGUCUGCCAGUUUUGCAUUAGGAGUUCCUGGUAUGAGAUAUGUGCAAGAGUACUUUGGAGCUUCCUGUUGAGUAAGAUCUAAUGCUGUUCAACCUUAGCACUGACUGUGGCCUUAACUUGGAAAUGUAAUGAAUUGGGCUGCAGAAGUACCUCUGGGGCUGCAUUAUAGUGAGCCUUUGGUCCAUCUUGGCCAAUGUUGCUUAUUCCGGCAGUGACUCUUCAAGUUCUCAGGCAGGGCUAUUUGCUCGGCUCAAGUAAGUAGGGUUCCUUUUAACUGGAGAUGUUUGUGACUAAGGACCAAACUUGAUAGCAUGUUUAUUGCAUGAUUGCAUUUAGCAUUUCUGCAUUUAUUUAUUUUAAGUAGCAGCCCACAGGGUAAGCUGAGCAGAGUAGAGAACAAUGUGGAUUUACCUCCCCCCCCCCCAUAAAGGUAAAAGUAAAGGGACCUCCUGACCAUUAGGUCCAGUCAUGGCCGACUUGGGGGUUGUGGUGCUCACCUUGCUUUAUUGGCCGAGGGAGCCAGCAUACAGCUUCCGGGUCAUGUGGCCAGCAUGACUAAGCCGCUUCUGGCGAACCAGAGCAGCGCACGGAAAUGCCGUUUACCUUCCUGCCAGAGGGGUACUUAUUUAUCUACUUGCAUUUUGACGUGCUUUCGAACUGCUAGGUUGGCAGGAGCAGGGACCGAGCAAUGGGAGCUCACCCCAUCGUGGGGAUUCGAACUGCCGACCUUCUGAUCGGCAAGUCCUAGCCUCUGUGGUUUAACCCACAGCGCCACCCGCAUCCCCCAACCCAAUAACCCCUUCCCAAAAUGUUCUGUAUGCCCUGGGAAGGAAUGUUCUAUUGGCAGAAAUUGAGGGUUCUCCCACCUCACUCCAGCUGAGUUUUAUUGCGAUAGGGUGAUUUUCACUGCCAUUGCAGUAUGGAGAAAAUAGUUAUCCUCAACCAUGAUUUCAGCUCUGCUAGGAAGUCUCCCCACCACCACCAUGGGGUUAAUAAAUAAAUAAAUAAGCACACAUCUGAUAUGCUAAUUGCAGUCCUGAAAUGAAAAUUAUGUCUAGUUUAGCUCUCAGUCCCAAGCAUCUCCCAUUAAAGGAAUUCUGUGACCCCAGUGCUGAUCACACACAAAUCCCAUGAGGCCAUGUUUAAAAUUCUAAAACUAGAUAAAUUCAUUACAGUAAUGCAGUUAACAUUGCAUCUAGCUUGACCUUGAACCUCAGACAGUCUGCAUGUAAAUCACAUGCUGUUAACCACUGAGGGCCAAAACUAAUAUGUCACUUCAUGUUGCAUCUUUCUUUCUUUUUAAAUUGCUAAUGGUAGAGGCAGGGGCCCUGAUUUUCACCAGAAGGGGAGGGUUAGCUUUUUUCUCCCCUACUGCAAUCCCAACAAGUUGCCUCCAUGGAAGCUUUUCUCCUGGGGCUUAUAGCAGGUACAGGUCAGGAUCAUGUUUUGGUUUUUGUUUAAAAAAAAACAAAAGAGCAGAAAAAAAGAGUUUUAAACCCUCCACUUGCACCAAGGUGCUAAUUAAAAAUGUUCCUGUUUAAUUGCUAAUAACAAUUAAAAAGCCAAAGUUGCGACAAUAGUAAUAUUCCUAUCAUUAUGGCUGAUUUGGCCCUGACCCAUUGCAUUUUCUAAAGCAGAGGAGGGCGGACCUGAGGCUUGAGGGAUGUCGUUUGUGUGUUUUUUCUAGGACCUUAGUAGCCAUUAUUUGGUAUGAAAGAAAUACAUUUUGGAUUAAAUAAUUCUGAGCCCAGAAAUUUGCUUUAAAUCCCAAAGGCACACAAGAAUCCCUUCCUAGUUACCCCAAGCUUCCCGCAUUUCAACAGUACAAUUAAGGCAGAUGGAGUCAUUUUGUUAUUCCUGUUAUUAAACAUUUGAGAGUCAGAAAUUAUUGAUCUGCUGUAAAUCAUCCAGACACACCAGUAAAUCCCAACCUACCUUCUACCUCCACCUCCAAAGGCUAGCUGGAAGCUGGGAGGAGAAAAUGUAAAAUGAAUACUUCCCAGGUGAGUGGGUGUUGACCUAGACAUUAUAUCAGAAGCUAUCCAUACUUGUGUAUCUGUUCACAUUGGGGACCAAAAGCAUACACCUAGAGCGUAUCAAAAAUAUUUUUAUUGAAGUGUGGGUUUCCUUCUGGUGUCUGGGUACUUGUACCCUUACCAGCUAAGUUUCUAUCCUGUGUGUAUACAGCCAGCCUCUUUGCAUUGGACUCAUUCUGCUGCACAGCAAUAAAAUAGAGGCUUUCAGGAACAAGCUGCACCUUCCUUCACCUAACCUUUUAGCCACUCUGCAUUUGCUCUCUGACGCGUCUCCCAUUUUUCCUCUUCUGAAAGCGAGACACUGCUGUGCUUCUUAGGGGGCUCUCUUGGCUUUGAUUAGCUACUACUGAAGUUUUCACGCAGGCUCUGCUCUCCUUGGGCACAGCAGGUGGCCUCUGCCUUCUCUUCAAGUUCUGCUGCUCUGCUCCUCAGCUCCCCAAGAAAAAACAUGUCCAUCUGGUUUCGCUCCUACCACAAAUGCGCACUAACAAACUUGUGGAGUUCUUUCUCUGUUGAACGAUCGUAGGGUAUCCUGCCAGGGUAGAUAAUGAAACUAGAUGUCCUUAAUAAUAAUUUAAAUAAUAAUUUUAUUAUUUAUAUCUCCACACUUCCAACACCCAACAGUAAAUGACAUAGUUAUAGCCAGUGCUCAUUUUUCUCAAAAAAGAGGUGCCAGAACUGAGUUCCGGCUGGAAAAAAGCCCUGGUUGUAAAGCAUGAGGUGCCUUGUAUUCCAUUGUUACUCAAAACCUAUAUCUCUGAAUAAGGUACAGCAAUACACAGACCAUUUACAAGAGUGAGUCUGGGAAAUGGAGAAUUAGGAAAGCACAGGGUUUAAGAAACACAACCCAAUUAUUCACUGAAAGGGAAUUUGUUUCCCUACCUGUUCCAGUAAUGCAGGCUUGUUUGAUCAGUAACCAAGUUUUUGGUCUAAUAGAAAUUUAUGAGCACCGAAAGGAAAGUAAAGGAUUUUAAGAUUUACCCCAUUGGGCAUAAUGGUUUUCCUACUUGGCAACCAGAAGGGAGUUAUAUUUCACAAAUACUUCUCUCCCUGCUCCUCUGGUUUUAUUGGAUUCAUUCUUUUAUGCAUAAUCGUGGGUGCUCAGCACAAAAUUAUAACCAAUGAUGGCGUUCCAGCUUAUUGGAGCACAACUGCUUAAAUUUUGUUGGUUUUGGUUUCUGCAUUUUUACCCUGUCUUUCAAACAUGCUCCCCGGUCAGCUUACAAGGUUUCAGAAUAAAAUACAUAAUGAAAAUCUACAACCACAAACGAACAAAAAUUCACAGUAGUCCUAAUGAAACAGACAACUAAGCAUACUCAGACAACUAAAACUGGAGUUAAGCCUGCCUCAGUAGCCCCACUGGGACCCUCAGGGCGGUAUAGAGAAGAAGAAUAAAGUCACAAGCCAUUUUUAAUGCUGCUGCUCUAGAAUGACCUGCAAACAAAAUGAGUUUGCACUCCAUACUCUUACGAGAAACAUAAGUUUUGGGGAAAUAAUGUGCUUUUAGUACUGUAAAGCAUAGUACAGGGGCUAGUUAAAUCCUGCUAUCCUGAAACUUGCUUUCUUUGAGCACAGCGGUUUCUGUGUUGCAGUCGCAGUUCUGCUGCAGGAACCAUGGAAUAGGUUGUGAAUUCUGAAGGACUGAACUGGCUGUGUUACAGAACUUCUGCAUUCUUUCUUUGGAUCUUCCUCCCAAAUCACUGGAACUAGCGUUUGGACCUUUAUGUGCUUCUGUUUAGUCAUUUUCCCAACUCCCCACAGCAUCUGGAAGCUGAAUUGUAAUGCUCUAUAAAUUUCAGAGGAGUAUCAUGAGUUUACUUCAAGGAACUAAACCCUGGUACAUACUGUGUGUGAGCACAAGAGUGUGUGGGAUGGCCACACAACCUUUUAGCCAAACCCACCAUUGUCAUGUGACUCCUGGUGGGUUGCCCAAGGGUGAAUGUGUCACUUGGGCAAAGAAAAAAAGAUUAGUCAUCCCUGCUUGGGACCCCAGAUCCUAGUAUCAUGAGUAAGUGAAGAUAAUUUGUAGCUAUCUAUGUUUUCUGCACCAUGCAUUCUCUGUCAUAUCUCCCUUGUUCACUUUUUUCCUAAAGUGGAAAGUCGCAAAUGUUUUAUCUUUUUGUUUGCCCUUUCAUACCCCUUUCCCAACACUCCAGUAUCCUUUUGAGAUAACAUGACUAGAACUGGAAGUCAGGUAGAAGUCAAAAUUUCUAGUCUUCUCCCCUUGGUUCCCUGGAAGAAGGGGAAAGGAGUAUGCAUGAGCCAGAGACUUGCCUCUGCUUGUUCUGGAUCAUUCAAACCACAGUUUAAAGAAUCCGCUGAACUGAACCUUUAUCUUUUCUUAUCUUUAUCUGUGUGCUUCAUAGGUACCAGGUGUUGUAGCGACAAUUUCUUCUAAUAGUAGAGGGUCUUCUUCCUUGCCAGAAUAUGCUGUUCAGACCCAUUGGUUUAGUUCAUGAAGGUCUUGCCUGUAAAGCUUAAAGAGGAAAGAAAUUGUCUGCUGUUUAAAUUAUUUCUUUUUUAAAAAGAAAAAUAACUAAAGGUUUUAUGGCAGAGUCUUCAAUGGCUGGCUUUCAGUAGUUUAUUUCUUGCUACCCACUACCCUUCUUGGUCUGCUUUCGGAAAGCUACAGGCAACAAAGGCAAGGGCUUGGGUGUUUCCUCAAUCUGCAGUAUUAAUGACCUGAUUUAUGCCAUGGAAAGGGCACAAGCACCCCCUUAUUAUUUAUGAGGGAACUCAUGCAGGCAGAAAACAACAGAAUGGGUUUUCACAGAAGUAUUCCAUUGUGCACAAUGCGUCUCAUUCCCUAGAAUGGAACAUUAGGAUUGGAACUCACCCCAAAAUUGGAGCACAUUUUGGGUUGCUCGUACUCCAUAAAUAUUUAGGGUUGAAUCCAGUGAAAUAAUUUCACAAGCAGAACACUGGGGUCAUAGUGGAUAGCUCCAGGAAGUGUAUGGAAGGAAUAAGGAGAAUUCCAUUCUAAGGCUCAUUAUGAAAGGAAUGGAAAAUAAAACUGACAAUGCAGUAGAACCUCUACUUACAACCUCCUCUACUUGGGCCUGAUCCAAGUUGCAACCGCAACAAACCCAGAAGUAAAUACCAGGUUUGCUGCGAUUCGCGCAUGCACAGAAGCGGCUUCGGCGGUUUGCACAUGCGCAGAAGCGGCUGCCGCCGCCUACACAUAUACAGAGGUGUGUUGCUGCCGAAUGCGCCUGCGCACAACGGCGCUUCUACCAGCGACCCAGAUCGACUUAUGGACGGACCUCCGGAACUAAUUAUGUGCGUAAGUAGAGGUUUCACUGUAUAAUAAUUGUGUUCACAUUUGGAAUACUGGUGUAUAGUUUUGGUCAUUUGUAUAAUUAGAAAGAUUCGGGAAAGUGCAUCAAAAAUGAUCAAGGGGGUGGAGCAACUCACCUAUGAAGAAAGAUUGCAGCAUGUGGAACAUUUUAGUUUGGAGAAAAGAUAAGAGGUGACAUGAUAGAAGUUUAUAAAAUUAUGCAGCACAUGAAGAAAGUGGCUAGAGAACAGCUUUGCUCCCUCAUAGCACUGGAACUUGUGGACAGCCAAGGAAACCGAAUGUUGGAAGAUUCAGGACAGAGAAAAGGAAGCCCUUAUCCACACAGCACAUAGUUAAACUAUGGAACUCCCUGCUAGAGGAGGCAGUGAUGGCCACUAACCUGGAUGGCUUUAAAACAGGAUUAGGCAAAUUCAUGGAGAAGAGGGCUAUCAAUGGCUACUAGCCAAGGUGGCUGUUCUCUGCCUCCACAGUCGGAGUCAGCAAUGCGUCUCAAUACCAGUUUCGAAACCACAGGCAGAAAGAGUGCUCUUGUGCUUGAAUCCUGCUUUCGGGUUUCCCAUAGGCAUCUGGUGCCACUGUGAGAACCAGGUGCUGGACUAAUGGACCACUGGCCUGAUCCUUACGUUCUUUUCAGAAAGCCUUGUGUGACCAUUUCAGGUGCUUGCAACAUUCAAAUUCCCUGACAUUGUACUGUGAUCCUGGCUGGGUCAAGAGCUUGGAUUGCACAGAGUAGAUUUGUCCCCUUACGGAAGAGUGGAUGCUUCUCUCUCUCAGCCCCCAGGAUGACACACUUGCAGACACGAGCGUAGACAUGCGUGCUUUAGACAGUACAACAGCACAUGUAGUGCCUCCCAAGUGAUUCCUUCCACGGUAUGUCAAGGCUGAGACGUACUGGAUGGGCUGGGAGGCAUCUUGCUGAAAUGCUGCAUCUUCCACCCGCCAGAGUGCAUGUCGGUUGAGUCACUGGCAGUUGUUGUUCCUUAUUUUCCCUGCAGAAAGGAGCAGACAGAAGAUGCUGUCACUGCUGUUUGCUUCUGUUCCCAGCAUUGACUGUGUGUUGAUGAAAGGGUUCCUUCUGCCCCCAAAGAGCUGCUUUGUGGCCACUUGCGAUGAUACGUUCUGAGGCUAAACAUGCCUGUCCUCCACCGCUUUGUCUUUUCCUAGCUGCUUUUGGUAACUUGCACUGGAAUUGGGGGGGGGGGGGCUUGAAAUAUUUUUGUUUUCUGGGGCCAAGCCCAAAAUUUACUAGAACAGGAAACCAGCAGCCAUAGACAUCUCUUGAACGCAGUUUAAGAGGGACCACAGUGACUGGAAUUCUUUCAGAGCCACUUCUGAGCAGUUACUGGAGCUUGGAGAAGUGGCAGUCGGCAGAAAAUAAAUAAAGCUGGGUGUGUGGCUUGGAAAAUUAAUAGGGCUGCACUUGGAGUUUUCAGUCCAUUCUUGCUAAGCACUGCGGAAGUAACAAAAACAUGAAGUCUCCACUUGUUUUGCCCCUGUGUGGUUCAUACCCCACAGGUCAAGUGAAGUGUCAUCGGAGCAGAAGAGCAUCCACAGACUCCUGAAAACAAAGGAGUUAAAAGCUGUUGCAUCAGUUGGUGUCUGGUUCUGGCAGCAGAGAUGGGCUACAGGGGUUAGGGAAGUACAGUGGUAUCUUGGAUUAAGUACUUAAUUUGUUCUGGAGGUCCGUACUUAACCUGAAAUUGUUCUUAACCUGAAGCACCGUUUUAGCUUAUGGGGCCUCCUGCUGCUGCCGUGCCGCCAGAACACGAUAACUGUUCUUAUCCUGAAGCAAAGUUCUUAACCUGAAGUACUAUUUCUGGGUUAGCGAAGUCUGUAACCUGAAGCAUAUGUAACCCGAGGUACCACUGUAAUGUCUAGCCAAGUCUGGCAGAAGAGAUGCAGAAAUAAAAAUAUUUCAUGCAGUUGGGAGGAGAAGCAUUUGUGAUUACUCGCAAAAAGUCAAAAGUGAAUGAAAAUACAGUUUUUGUUAAACAUGUAGCCUUAGUGCAGCCUGCGCAGGCUGUGGCUGAUGUGAGCUGCAAUCCAAAACUUGGAGGGCACCUGGCUGGUGAAGACUGCCCCCCCCCUUUUUAAAGGCAGAACUGGCAAGUUACCAGCUAUUAAGAGGCUGUGUUGCUUUAAUCGUACAAAAGGGAACAAUGCACGUGAGAAAACUGCAUGCGAUGAAGAGCAACAAUUGCAGAACACAAUCUAAGCUAAAGUACCAAUAAUGUUAGGCGUGUUGGAGUAGUCCUGUUGCUUUUCAGAGUGGCUUAAAAUGCUCUACUGUCAUAAUCAUACUUUUCGUCAAGCAUAUUCUGUGCACAGCUCAGGGGCUUGAUGCUGGAAGAAGGGUUGGUUGGUGUUAUGGUUGUGGCAUUCUGGAAAAACCAUUUCACUCCAUUUCUCAUACGUAUUGUUGGCAGGGAAUCUGUUGCUUAUGCACUCUCCCUCUUUCAUAAUCCUCUUGCAAUCAGAGUUUUCCAAGUCAGGUACCUUUUUGCAUGAAAGGGAGCUUGGUAUAUAUGGAGUAAAAUGGGGGGUGAGAUUGAAUGUUGCCACCCUUACUAAAAGACAUAUUCUAAUUUUCCUCCACGUUGAGGUCAAGAGUGGUGCUUCCGUUGGCAAUAUUCCUUGAAUUUGUAAUCCACAAAUCAUGCAUCUACACACAAGAUUGUCUGUUUAGUUUCUGGUGGGGGGAAAUGAAUAGGUUUUGUCAGUCUGCUCUAAUUUCGGACCUCAGCUUAAUUCCUGAAGAGUAGCCAUGGUUUGUUGGUAGCAAGAAAAGAUAAAAAGUGUUCCAGCUCCUUAGGAACUGACAGGCCUAUUGUGACAUGAGCUUCAGGGCAGCAGCUUACUCUUUCAGAUGUUUUUAAAAGAAUUAAGAUCAUUCAUAGCUUUGAAGUUGGCACUGAAUGCAUUUUAGAACAUUUUGAAUCAGCAGUGGAAUUCUGUUUCUCGGUAGCAUGUGUUAGGGGAUUCCAUGGAAUAAUAUAUCCUAGAAUGCAGUGUCUCAUGGAUAUUGUGCAGAUUGCAUGGAGGAAAGAGUCUUCAGUCUUUUUUUCUUGAAAAGAACUUUAGAGCAAUAAGAAAAGCACCUAAACAAGCCUCAAACAAAGGGUUAGGAAGUGAAAAUUCUGUCUUUGGUGAUUAUAAUCGGGAACCUCACAAGAUCCAGUGCCCUUCGUUUCUGUGGGUUCUACAUAGAAGAGCUUCUUGGUGGAUUGUGCCCAGGCAAAACCUAUUUAUAUGCGCAAGCAUUUUAAAGUUUUAAGAUGGAAUUAGUCUGCGUUGAUUCUUUUAUCUGUCUCCAUAUGUUUGGUGAAUAUGCUUUGUUGUUUUUGGUAUACUGUCGUUUUCAUAGGUAUAGAUGAAGAGCAGGUAGAAGAAUAAUAGUAAUUAGUUACUAAAUCAUCAUCUCCUUGACAUAACAGUAAUGUCAGUCCGUUGGGGCCAACUCUAUGUGAAGUGUUGACAUCUUCUAGGAAUCAAGGUGAAUCAACCAAAAUAUUUUGUACAGGCUGUUUACCACCUUUCACAGCUUAAUGGGUUUCGGACAUGACCAGCGUGGAGUGUAUUUGAUCUAGUGACCUUGAGAUGUAACUGCCCCCACUCCCAGUAUUCUGUUUGCAGCCUCCUGGAUGAUCCAUCAUAGAAGUCUACAGGCCAACAUUUUUAAAAGAUAGCAACCUUAAUUCAAAGUGAACUUAAAGUAUCUGGACUCUAACCUAUUGAAUAUAAAUCAAGUAUGCUUUUCCUGCCUCGCCAAACGCAAAAACCAAUAUGCUAUCCCAGCUCUAAUUUAGAAGGUACAAAGCAUUAAUGAUGUGAUAUCUUCCCUUGUUCAAACAUAGCUGAUGGUUUUCCUUUUCUUCCAACAGGAUCCAACAGCAGCCUCUAUAUCUGACAGAGACUGUGACACGAGAGAGGGAGAAACUGUAGCUAUGAAUUACAAACCAUCCCCCCUACAAGUGAAGCUAGGUAGGUUUUAUGCAUCUGGGCAUAUAUUGAAGGAGCUCUGUGGUUUGGGUACUUGGCUAUGGCAGUUGCACAUACAGUGGCACCUUGGUUCUCAAACUUAAUCCGUUCCGGAAGUCCGUUCCAAAACCAAGGCGUGCUUUCCCAUAGAAGGUAAUGCAAAACAGAUUAAUCCAUUCCAGACUUUUAAAAACAACCCCUAAAACAGCAAUUUAACAUGAAUUUUACUUUCAAGCAAGACCAUUGAUCCAUAAAAUGAAAGCAAUAAACAAUGUGCUGCAGUCACACAAUCAAUCAGUAGCUUAACUGGGUUCCACACAGUCGCAAAAACAAAAAAGAAAGAGCUACCAAAACGCAAAGUAAAUAGCAAAAACAGCAUAACGUUCAAAACAGAACUGUGGCACUCAAAUCAGAAGCGUAAGACUCAAAACGGAGCACAUUCGGCUUCUGAAAAAUGUUCACAAACCGGAACACUUACUUCCGGGUUUGUAGUGUUUGGGUUCCAAGUUGUUUUAGUACCAAGGCGUUUGAGAACCAAGCUACCACUGUACUUAAUUUCCUAGAACUUGUCUCCAUUUUGUUUUCCCCUUCUCUCUCUGCCUCUCAGGGCAAAUGUACACUGGCAACAUACACUUGUUUCACCAUCAUCUCUUUCCUUUAAAGAAACCUUGGAACUGCAUGUGAGAGUUGGGGGGAGGGGUAAAGAACAGAACUCUUGGUGCCCACACUAAGCCGCAGUUCUCAGGAUUUGGGCUAGAGGAAUCCAUGACAAUUCAUCUUUGUAUGAAGCCAGUAUGAUUUAAUGGUGUACACAUACAACAUUCUUUCUCCUCUCCCACAUAAGAACCCUGUUGGACCAAAGGCCUAGUCCAGUAUCCUUUCCCCCCACAGAUUAGAAACCAGCAAGCAGGACAGGGGGACAAUAGUCUUUCUCCUACUGCUGAUCCUCAGCGACUGGUAUUCAAAGGGAUAAUGCCUUUGAUCCUGAAGAUGGAAUCCAGCCAUCAUGCCCAGUAGCCAUUGAAAGACACAUUCUGUUGGAAUUCCUGCUCCAUGAUUGCAGUCAUGGGAUUGUUGUCUUUCACAUGAUGGUGUAUGUUUUGACUCCACAGAGUGGGAAGUGACGGAGACAGGAUGUUACUUUUCAGAGUGGCUUAAAAUGCUCUGCUGUCAUAACCACACUUUUCUUCAAGCAUAUUCUGUGCACAGCUAAGGGGCUUGAUGCUGGAAGAAGGGUUGGUUGGUAUUAUGGUUGUGGCAUUUUGGAAAAACCAUUUCACUCCGUUUCUCAUAUUGUUGGCAGGGAAUCUGUUGCUUAUGCACUCUGCCUCUUUCAUAAUCCUCUUGCGAUCAGAGUCUGCCAAGUCAGGUACCUUUUUGCAUGAAAGGGAGCUUGGUAUAUAUGGAGUAAAAUUUAGCCAAAAUGCUGAGUCGCUGAGGUCUGUCACGCAAGAUGUGCAAACUCUGCAGAUCCCUAAAUGUGCUGGUGUCGGUUGCCAUUGGUUGCUGUGAUGUUCGGGCUGAAGAAAGCUUUUGAAGCUCCCGAACGAACGACCAGGAGGGAGAGAACAUGCCAGUCGGGCAUGUGUCUCUACCAGUGUCCUACUCAAGUGUAGGACAAACUCCUGACACAUUCUCCAUGAAUCUAUCUAGUUCCCUUUUCAAACCAUUCAUAUUUUCCAUCUCCUCAUAUCAUGGUGAAUUCCAUAAAACUAUAUACCAUGAGAAGAAGUACUAUCUUUUGUCCGUCUGACUGACUGACCAACCAACCAUUCAGCUUCACUGAAUUACCCCAGAUUCUAAUAUCAUAGGAGUGGAAGUGGUGCCACUGAUAGGAACCACCAUAGGUUUUACCAUUUUAUUAAUUUAUUUAUUUCCUAAAAGUUAUGCACCGCUUGAUUGGAAAAAAACAAACAAACCUCAACGCGGUUUACCAAAAGACAAAACACUUAAAUUGAUAAGAAUUCACAGCCAUACUAUAAGGCACCCAAAAGUUGAAAUACUAAAACAGAUUAAAAUUACCUCAACUUUCUAAGCAUCUGGGUAGACUCGUCAAAACAAGAAUGUUUUAAGCAGGUGCCAAAAAAUACAGUUAAGGCGCUUGCUUGAUCUCAGAUAAGCAGGGAGUUCCAAAGUGCAGCUGCUGCCACACUAAGCGAUAGAGUUCUUACAAAUGCAACCAUGACCUACAAUUGGAAAUUGAUGUACCAUGCAAAAGGCAUAUAAAUAGAUAUGGCGGAAAAUGUUUGUCUCUAGUUGCUGUGGGUCACUGAUAAUAUUGCAACCUUGAAGGACACCUUCUUGUUUGAAUGCCUUCUUCUUGUUACCCAUAUCGGUAGGAUUUUCCCUGUUGCCACUUCGUGGCUUCUGUUUGGUCAUCACCCCUGCCCCCAUUUAUUUCUACUGUUAUUCUGCUCUUCUGCAGGCCUUCCAAUGGCCUCCCCUCUUAGGGACUGAUAAUUUUAUGUUGUCUGUUUGCUUUGGCAUUUGUGCUUAUUUUGGGUGACAGGUCAUUUUUAAGGAUAGGCACCUUGUCAUUUGUUUGGGAAGUUAUAUGGUAAAUGGUAAAUGACAUAGCCUUGGGAGUUAGAGGCAAGAGGGCUCAUCUGAACAGAUGCAAGGCAUGAAAUUAAUAAUGGCAAGCCAAUGAAAACAUGUCAGAGCUGGGAGGGAACAAAAGGUAUCAAAAUCCUUCUAUAAUAACAAACGUCUUUGAAAGUCCAUUUUGUAGAGCGGCAGACUUGGGGGCGGGGAGCAAUUCCCAGAACUGCACAAACUGUUGUUAAUGAAGGUUAUGCAAUCUUAAGUAGACCUUCUGGUUUCUAAUGAAAUCUGUUGAUUCCUGGUCACCUCUACUGAAUAUCAUGUGCUUAACUUGUAAAAUGCAUAUUAGAACUCCUGUAAAAAGUGAAGAUCUAGUCCUAGAAGGGAAAGGGAAAGCAGGUGAGAUUUUUCAGAUGUACCACCAACUCACUAUGCUUAAUAAUUUGCAUUUACACAGCAUAUUAACUUACAUGCAUUACCUCAGUAAUCAUUAGACGGGGAGUAGGGGGCGCUGUGGGUUGAACCACAUGCCGAUCAGAAGGUCGGCGGUUCGAAUCCCCACGACGGGGUGAGCUCCCAUUGCUCUGUCCCUGCUCCUGCCAACCUAGCAGUUCGAAAGCACAUCAAAGUGCAAGUACAUAAAUAGGUACCACUCUGGCGGGAAGGUAAAUGGCGUUUCCAUGCGCUGCUCUGGUUCGCCAGAAGCGGCUUAGUCAUGCUGGCCACAUGACCCGGAAAGCUGUACACCGGCUCCCUCGGCCAAUAAAGCGAGAUGAGCGCCACAACCCCAGAGUCGGCCACGACUGGACCUAAUGGUCAGGGGUCCCUUUACCUUUAGGGAACCUCCAGAUGUUGUUGGACUACAGCUGCUAUCAGCCCCAGCCGGCAUGGCCAGAGGUUGAGUUGUCGCCCAGCAGCUUCUGGAAAGCCACAGAUACUUCAUUCCUGCCUUAGCACAAUCCUGUGUAAGGUUCAGCAUUAUUUGUAUGUUGCAACUCUGGGAUUGAGGCGGAAAGUGUGAUUUGCCUAAGGCUACCACAUGAGUUUGAUUUGAACUGAGGGUUCCAGGUUGCCAGCUCUGUCUCUUGUAGCAUUUAGAUUUCCCCCCCCCCCUCCCACGCCUCCCAGUGUGGAGCAUGACUUUCACUCCUUUAAGUAUGGGAAAUCCAUAGUUUAAUGGAAGAUCAAGAGAUGCCACUAUGCCCCACCCCCGAGGUUUCAACGGAACAACACCAUGAAUUUUUUUUAUAUCUUGCAGGAUGAGUUGAGUCACCCCAAGUAAUUGUGAGGCCUCCAGUGCUGAAUUGCAACAAGCUUGUCUUGUGCUAAUAUUGGAACACCAAAGUAUUAUGCAUUAGGGACUGUAAACCAAAAUUCCUUCUCUUGACUGUGUUAUCUGCACUACAGCUACUUUAAAAGUGCUUUGAUUGUCUACACAGUGUGAGUAAAGCACCUCUUUUAGUGGUGAUGGUCAUAUCAGAACAUGAGCUGGAAAGCUGUAACUAAAUGUGUAUGUACAUUGCAAGAAAUUAAUAUUACUAAAGCCCUGGUCUGUUUGCUGUGUCCUUCAUUUCCACGUGUCACCAGGAGCUGUGUUAACAUGUGAAAACCUUAAAGCCAUACAGUCUAGAAACAUAUUUGUUUCAAAAUGAAAGCCAAAGUUCACACAUUUCAAGCAGAUAGUUGUGCACUGAGCUGUCCGGUUCAGAAUUGUGUAGGCACAUAAUUCCUCUUCCCUCCCAUGAAAUGGUUGUGUUAACUCCAGGCUUCAGUGACCUCAGGUUAAUGGAUUGUCUCUGCUUUUCAGAGGCUGUCUUUGAGGAUGUCAAAGGAAUGAUAUGUUUGGGGAAGUAGAAAGGAGGCGGCAGAGACUGACUUGCACAUGUCAUGUGGUGGUCUUGUCUAUUGAAUGGUAUUGAUCCAUCAGGGGUACUAAAUUGCUCUGCUGACUGGAAGAGGAAAUAAGGGAAGGAAAUACUAAUCAUUGUCCAUUCAGAAGGUGACACAGUUCCAGCAUUCAAGAUAAUGGCCUCAUGUUCAUGUCUUGACAGUUUGAAAUCUUGAUUGAUGCACCCCUGACUUGGGAAAGGGAGUGUGCACCCUCCUCCCUGCAUCUCCCAGUUUCCCAGAGCAAAUGCUAUUUUUCCUCAAGAGUACCUAUGCGUUUGGCCUUUAUGGGAAAUAGAAUAACCACCACAACUGUAUCAAAGAGCAGGUAUUUGAGCAUUGUUAUGAACCCACCGACCACCACCCCACUCCCCGAAAAACUCAAUGAAAUGCUAAUAACAUAAGAAAAACCUCUGGAUCAGGCCAGUGGCCCAUCUAGUCCAGCAUCCUGUGCUCACAUAGGCCAACCAGGUGCCUAUGGGAAGCUAGCAAGCAGGACCUGAUUUUACAACAGCGUUUUCCCCACAAGACAUUCCCAGCAACUGGGAUUUAGACAUGGAGGCAGAGCAUAGACAUCAUGGCUAGUAGGCAUUGAUAGUCUGUUACUCCGUAAAUUUUGUUUAAUCCCUUUUCAAAGGCAUUCAGGCUGGUGGUUAAAUAAUGCCUUUGAACAGCCAGAGUAAAGUUCAGAAAUGGAUUUGAUAUCAUAAGAAACCUGUAAUGGUCCAUCUGGUAACAAAAAUGUGAAACAUCAGGAAAAUCAGCCUGCUUAUUUGAAGAUUAAAAAAGGUAAAGGGACCCCUGACCAUUAGGUCCAGUCGUGGCCGACUCUGGGGUUGCGGUGCUCACCUCGCUUUACUGGCCGAGGGAGCCGGCGUACAGCUUCAGGGUCAUGUGGCCAGCAGGACUAAGACGCUUUUGGCGAACCAGAGCAGUGCACAGAAACGCCGUUUACCUUCCCGCCAGAGCAGUACCUAUUUAUCUACGUGCACUUUGACGUGCUUUCGAACUGCUAGGUUGGCAGGAGCAGGGACCAAGCAACGGGAGCUCACCGCUGCAGGGAUUCGAACCACCGACCUUCUGAUCGGCAAGUCCUAGGCUCUGUGGUUUAACCCACAGCGCCACCCACGUCCCUAUUUGAAGAUUAGGCAACCACUGUAUCACCAAACUUAAAAAUGACACUGGGGAAUUGCAGGCCUCUCUGCAUGAUAUCUGCGCUCAGUGAAUUGCACUAGUAAAGCUAGAUUACAGAUCCCCUUACGAAUAGGUAACUGUCUAAACAGGAAUCAAAGAAAGGUAAGAAGACUACCUUCACAGUGGUGGGAAGUGAACAAUUAUACACCCACCCAUUUGCAUCCCCUUUGGGAUUGCUGCAUUCUGCUUAUAAAUCAUCUGGAGUUAGAUUGGGCAGUAAAAUAGUAAAGUUUUUGCAGGCAUGAAUUAUUAAGUAUGCCAAAACCUUGAAAAGACACAAAGAAGGGGGCAAAAUACACCGGUACAUACAAUUUCUGGAUAUGCUGUGGACAUAUUCAGAAUUUUUAUGAAAUUCAGUUUUCCAGGGUCAGCGUCAGGUCCCCCAUAAGGCAUAGUGAGGCAGCUGCCUCAGGCAGUGGCAUGUUGGAGGACAGAGCUAUGUGCCCUUUGCCACCUCUACUUCACAUUAAUGCACAAGGUAUGGAAUUUGCUGCCAUGUGAUCAGCACUGCCUUCAGUAGCUUUCAGAAGGAGUCACAUAUUUGUGGAGAAUAGGCAAUAUCUGCAGAUAUUAGUCACAAGAGCUAAAUGGAACGUUUUAGAGUUGGUAUAAGUGGAUCCUGCAACAUAAUACUGCUGUGUAGAGUGCUGGUGUUCAGAACUCAGCCGUUCCAUCCAAUUCCACCCCAGCCCACUCUCCCCCUCCCAUCUCUGACCCAGAUUUCAGCCCUCCCCGCCCCCCACCCAGCAGUGGGUCAGCAUUCCAUAGUACUGAGUGUGCUCAAUCCCUGUUAGGCUGUUUUGGUUUCUACUUUUCUUUUUCUAAAUAAAUGACUGGAAAAAUCAAUGCCAUUUGUGUGGUAUCUCUUGUUGAUUUCUUGAGUACUGAAAUUUCCCUAGCAUCUUCCGUAAUGGGGCAAUUAAUGCUGAUUAGCUAUUUUUGGAAUCAGGCUUUCUGGGCGGAUUCUUCUGAAGGAUGCUAUAAUUUACCUGCUUGGCUUCUAGCUCCUGUCUCUAAAGCUGCAGCUCUCCUUCUCCUCAGAAUUAAACAGGGACAGUUCUCUUCCAUUAAGGGACUCUAAUUCCCCUUUAACCCUUUCUCUUCCUUUACGGCAGAGAAUAAGUAUCCGUAGAAGCCAGAAUGCUACCCCAUCAACGAAAAGUGCUAUCUCUCGUGGGUGGACUAGACGUGAAAGGAACAAAUUUAGGGUUCCCUAUGUUGCUUAGGGCUUUAUACUGUGUACAUUCUUAGAUUAGAAGUGGGGGAUUUGUGGCCCUCCUGAUGUUGCUAGACUGCAACGUCCAGCAUCCCUUACUGUUGGUUAUGCUGGGAGCUGAAUUUCUACGAUAUUUGGAGGCCCUAACUUACAGCUUCUCUGCUCCAGUUCAUAGAAGCAACCUGCUUGCUUUCUCCUCAAAAGAGCCUGUGCUGUCCCUGGAAGCAGUUCCCACAGCCCUGAGCAGUGAAGCAGAAAUCCAAUUUUAGCAUCUUUUGUCCUGUUUCUUACUUUAUUACCUCCAUAGGCUUGUUCAGACAUCAAUCAUGCUUGCAUACAAGAUGCUGAAAGCACUUACCUGUGGCAGUGCUCCAUGUGGAAUAGGAAAUUAUGGAAAACCUUAAAUUUAUUUAUUUAUUUUAUUUAUUGAAUUUAUAUACCCGGAGGUUCCUGUGGGUUGUUGUUUUUUAUUUUUUGAAUACAACGUACCUGGCACAAUUGCUUAAGUUUCACAAGGCUCAGGAACUUGUCCCUUGUAUAUGAAGCCUCUGACAUGCUCCUACCGGCCUUCUUUGCUCAUCAUGAUAAUGUGCGUCUCCCUUACUGCGCAGGUCCCCGGACUGAACCCAGACCAUGGUUUGCUUUUGUUCCAAACAAACCACAAGGAGUAAGCCAGAAGUAAACAAAGAACAAAUAUUUGGACCCAGAUGGCAUGUCAUAAUAUGGCUUGUUUGAGCUACACAGGAACCACACAGACUCGGGGAGUUGUGCAGGGACCCAAGUGGCACAUUCCCAAUUGUAUCAUGGUUUUUGUGGUGAAUGAACCAGGCCACUGAAACAAUCUGUGUUUAAUUGUACUGUCAGAAAGAGAUGGGAACGUUCUGUCCUACUCGGAGCUCCUCUUCUCCCCACCCCCAAUCCAACAGUCAAUUUCCUUGGUAUCUCCUUGCCUUCAUGACAAGAGUAACCACCCACAGCUACCAAAUAUUCCCAAGCAAGGCAACAAAGCCAACCUUUCUGCCUCCAUUGCAUCCCUGUUAUGCAGUGUGGCUUGACAAAAGCUCCAAGGGCCAUAUAGGGAGACCUGGAGGGCCACAUUGGACCCUUGAGCUUAAAGUCACCCACCCCUGACCUUAGGUCACCAGAAUGUUCUCCUGUUGCUUUAAUUUAUAUUCCACAGUGAAUUGUUCACAGAGUGACUCACAGGAAAUCUCAAAAUACAGCAGCUUAAGCAAGAUGUCUGUGUGAGCGGGCGUGAGCUCAUACUAAAACCCAGGCACCUGCGAGCUUGCGCUUUGUGCUGUUGUCUUUUGUUCAUGCACUCUGGUGUGCAGUUCAGCCUUCAUGUGACAUAGUUUAGGCCUUUUAACUCUCCUGCAUCUCCAUUUAUUUUGGUUUUUAGGCAGCAAAUCCUUCCUGACCCAAGGGAGGUUGUGGGAGAGCCUGGCUUUCUGAGGAGGCCUCAGCUCUUGUGGACCUACAAGCACCAUCAUCAUAGUGUUUAAAUGCUACUCCUUGUGUGAAAGAGUGUUGCAGUAUGCCAUGCACACUUUUCCUGGGUGAUAAAUGUUCCUUUUCCCGCCCAGAGCAUUGUUAAGAGAUAACUGCUCCUGUGGAGUUCCAUUGUGGGGCUGGUAAUGGUGUUCUCCCUUCCUUAUGAAAAACCCUUCAGUCUGGGUUUUUUCUAUUGUGUUUGUCACUUUAAUGGAAACAUAGUUAGUCAUCUUGAACGCUCCUUAAUGGAAAGGAGAGGGUGGCACACAGGUGUAUUCAUAAUAAAUGAUUGGCAGGAAUACUGCAAGCUUAUCUUGCUCACUCUUCCAGUAGUCCUGGGAGGGCUUGCUCUUGUUAUCCUACUGUUUGCAGCAGCUGGGCCAUGAGCACUGCCGUUUUGUAGGAACAAGUUUCAGGUGACCGUAAUCGGCUCCCAUUGAAAAAUCCAUGAAGCCCAUGGUCAGGGUCAGACCAGAGGUCCAUUGCACAGUAUUGUCUGUACUGAUUAACAGUGGCUUCCCAGGGUUCCAGGCAGUGUUCUUUCCUAGCCCUCCUUGGAGAUGCUGGAGGCUGAAAUUGCGACCUUUUGCAUUCAGUAUCUAUGCUCUAACGUUGUGCUGCAGCCUCUUCCAACUCAUUUGGAACCUCCCUGAACAGCUUGACAUACCCCUUCCUGUCUUCUCUUUCUCUCCCUCUCCUCUGUUUUCUCCAUCUUCCCUCUCACAUUCUCAGUGCUGCUGGCUAAUCAGUUCUGCUAUCCUAGUUGUGAGUGGCAUGGCCGUAAUGGCUGUGUACCAACACCACCAUCAGAGGCCAUAUGCCUCUGAAUACUAUUUGCUAGGAAGCACAAGGAGAGGUGGGGAGCACUGUUGCAUUCAGACCCUACCUGUGGACUUCUCAAAUGCAUUUAGUUGGCCUCUGUGAGAACAGGAUGCUUAACUAUAAAGGCAUUUAGUCUGAUCCAACAGGGAUUGGCAAUGGGCUCUUACUGGUUUGGUUUGGAUGCUAUUGGGUUAUGCAGGUGAGCGGCCAGGGAGACUUUGGAGUAUCUGCAGUUCAAACCCUCUAUUUUAUUUUAUAUAGAAAUCUUGUGCUAUUAACAAGAGUUAGUGGGGUGGAAUGAUGAAUUCGAACCUGGGAAGUCUCUAGUUCAGAUUCACCUUCGCUACCUGAGCAAGCUAGCUUUUUCUUUAGAUUUUAACACCACCCCAGAUAUGAACAUGCUGGGUGAUCAUAAGCAAUAUUUCCGUUCCCUAUGUGUAAUAUGCCCCCUACAGGCAUGCCAGGGUGAACACAUGUGAGCUUAAAGUGGGAAGAGUCACACAUGCAAUCUCUGUCCCAAUGCUUCCCUCACCCUCUGCACUGGCUCUGCUUUAGAUCUUCUUGCAUUGAAAGGUGAGGUCUGAAGGGUGAUUCUAACCAUGUUCAGGUAAAGCCUGAAGAGGUCUAUAAUUCCUGCCUAGCAAGUUAUUCCACAAAUAGCUGUCAAUUCUUGUAAAAUGUGAUCUGUACAUGAAUAAACAAAAAUUAAUUUCUUAGCAAUAUUAAUGGGGGGAAACAAUAAUUUUGUUCACUGUUUCUUAAAUAACAUAUCGAGAGUUCUUGUGAUCCUAUAGUUUUCUAGAUGAUACUGUUUGAAAUGGUAGUUAAUGGCAUAAGAAGUGCCCUUCUGGAUCCAACCAGAGACUCAUCUACUCCAGCAUCCUAUUCUCACGGUAGCAAAACAGCUGCCCAGAUGGGAAAGGCCACAAGCAGGACAGGAGCUUAAUAGCCCCAUCCUGUUCAUGUUCCUCAGUGACUGGCAUUCAAGUGCAUCCUCUGAUCCAAGAGACAACAUAAAGCUGUCAUGACUAGUAGUCAUCGAUAACCUUACGCUCCAUGAAUGCGUCUUAAUUCUUUUUGAAAAGCUGCCUAAGUUAUUUGAUUUUGUACCAAGUGCUGAGAGAAUAUUGUUCUUCCAAGGUGAUAUUUUGGUCCGUAAUCUUGGAUUCUCCAGUAGCAGGUAAACUUGUUAAGAUUUCACUUCCACUUCUUUAAAAAGGUCACCUGCCCUAAAGAAGAUUAAUUUUCGUGGCAAACCUAGCCUUUUCCCUCAGGACCCCCUUGUGAAUCCCCUGGGCUGACAUUCAUUUUCCUUUCAUUAGAAAGUGAAACUGAAAAUUAGAUCCUGGAUUGCAUUUCCUACAAAAGCCUGGGCUGAGAGAAUGAGCUUUUGGAUUAAUGCCUAGUCUUUCACCUCUGGAGGCCUGGAGCAGGCUUCUUGUUAAUGGGUGGCUUGUGGUGUUCGCCACCACCUUUCUCCUCUCCCCUACCCCAUUCCUUUGGGAGUGAUUGCCUGCAUUGUGAGAAGAAAAGACUGGUGGGAAUAUUGCUACAAAUGAUACCCCCUCCCCAAAAAAGAUCGGUGUGAGUUUUGCAUGUAGUGUCUCAAGGACGCCCAAGGACAUAUUCACAUCAAGCUCUUAUUUUUAGGGGUUCUGACUUCAUUACCAUCUAUGAAAAGAGAGUAGGACAUAGAGUUCUGGCAUCCUCACCACGCACGGCACCUACAGGGUGACAUAUCCCCCAAUAAUGCACUGGAUAUCCCUGCCUCAUACUAGUGCUUUAACAGCACAUGAAAUUUCAGUACUUAAUUCCUGAUGGCGUGUGGUUUAACUGCAGCAUAUCUUCUGCGAGCAUGCUAGGAACUCUGUAACGUAAGCUGCUUACUGCCUGAUUCCCCUCUUUCACAUCCUUGAAAAAGGGUUCAUAAACACAAUUGAAACAAAGCAGAGACGCUGGUAGUAGGAGGUUUAGCUGAUCAUGUAAAUUAUAUUUGGAGUGUUCUGGUUGGGGUUGCACUCCCCCAUUGGGAUUAAGUUCAGAGCUAAUGGCUGCUUCAAGACCCAGCUUCUGUUCCGGAUGCCAGUGGAGUCUGUGGCACAGAGCACUUUUUACCAGCUGUGAUGUACUAGCUGCUUUUGAUCUUGGACAGGUUGAUCUUGCCACUCUUAUUCGUCCUUUGGUAAUAUCUGGGUUGGAUUGCUGCCUUUGAAAAGUCUUCAAGAAAUAUCAUCUGGGGGGCUGGAUCAUUUUAUGUGUGCUACAAGCAAGAGUGUGCAAAGGAUCAAUGCUUUGUGUAUGUUCAUUCCCCUUCCCCUUCACCAGGGCCCCCAAAUCUACCUUGGACGGGAAAAGGAGGGUGGCAGCAGCGGCCUCUAGCUUCUCUGUGGAGAAUCAUCUUCCUAUCAAGUUGGGCACAAGACCAAGUGUCCCAGUGUGCCUGACAAUAUCGUUAUGCUAAUUGUGUCCAUUUUGAUCGAAGUGGAUGUAAUUAGAGUCACGUUCUUGCAAUACUUUUGGAAUAAAUGAUUCAUAAACCGCUCUGUGCAUCUAACAAGAGAAGAGAGAGUAACGUCUUUCCUGGGAUCUCAAAAGAUGAGAUGGCAUCAUGUUGUGUGGCCACCUGCCACCAGCCACCAAGCCAAGAAGAGGGAUGUUAAUGGCCAGCAGACUCACAGGGUGCUUGCAACUGAGGACACAGUCUCAUCACUUGCAGAUGGGAUAGCCUUCCCCUAAUAUAAGAACUGCACCAAGGUUCUAUUGCAGUACGAAUAGACGCAUGCACACAAAACCCAGUACUGUUUAGGGAAGCUUUUAAUGUUUGAUGGAUUACAGUGGUACCUCGGGUUACAUACGCUUCAGGUUACACACUCCGCUAACUCAGAAAUAGUGCUUCAGGUUAAGAACUUUGCUUCAGGAUAAGAACAGAAAUCGGGCUCUGGCGGCGCGGUGGCAGCAGGACGCCCCAUUAGCUAAAGUCGUGCUUCAGGUUAAGAACAGUUUCAGGUUAAGAAUGGACCUCCGGAACGAAUUAAGUACUUAACCCGAGGUACCACUGUACUGUAUUUUAAUAUUUUGUUGAAAGCCGCCCAGAGUGACUGGGGAAGCCCAGCCAGAUGGGCGGGGUAUAAAUAAUAAAUUAUUAUUAUUAUUAUUAUUAUUAUUAUUACUGCAGUUGGGCAGGAGGGGGAGCUGGUGAAGGGGUGCCCGUGAUAGAGCUGAUCCUUUAAGGAUGUAGCCUGCCUGACACAAUCUCUUUCUAGGCAGACUCUUAGAACCUGCUACAGGUGAGCCAGUGGCCUGACUGCAGUUGCCCCCUUAAUUUGGCACUGCCUUCCAGAGAACAGAGGGGCAGCACUGUUUCUUUUUGUGUGAAGGGGCAGAGCUGUGCUCUAGCUGGAACCCAACGGGACUGGUGAUUAGGCCUGUUCUGCUGCUUCACCACUUGCUGCUGGAGAAAGCAGAGAGAGUUGCUGGAGCAGCUUGGUGGUGUCCCACUCGACUUCCCUCAGGAGACUCAGCACAUGCAAAUCAAGAGAAAUCUCAAAUUGGUAUCCUCCUGUAUCCUAAGAGGGAGUGUUCUCCAAGAACUUCUCCCCUGUAUUCCAGAGGGCAUUUGUCAAAAGGGCAGUGCAUCUUUUUGCUCCUGUGAAAUCAGAGCCAUGAUGUCAGCAGCCUACAGUGGUUGAGUGUGGGACAUGUUCUCUGAACUGGGAGGACAAAGCAUGUUUUUCUUGACAUCAUGUGCCCUUUAAAUAAGCACACAAGGGCUAUGUCUGCUGUCCCAGGCAGAGAUAAAAGCUGCAUCCAUGGAGGUCUUGGCAGAUUCAGGAUAUCGUUUAGUCAUGCUUGUAAGGCAUUUGUGGAUAUAAUUAAAGAGAGCCAGCGCAAGGGGUGAGGCAUUGAGUGAUGGGAUUUGUAGCCAUUUCACUGCUGAGAGCCUGCUUUUAUAUACACUGGGAACAAUUCGGAGAGAAGCAUUAAUGCUUAAGGCUCAUCAGUCUAAACACAAAACUUCCUUUGAAUUGUAACCGUGAUCUAUCAACAUAGGCUUUACAAAUGUCAUUUUCAAAGUUCUGUUUUUGAUAUGCUUGUUUUGAUGCUGAGAAUAAAAGAAGCGUUGACUCUCCUUAUUCAGAGUAGAAAUGAAGAUGCUGAGACCAAAGUGUUGUGUCCUAAUCGAUUUCUUAAAACUGCUAGAUCAAGAGCGUGGUGUAGCUUGAUAAACAGCUUUAACCCCUUUUAGGAACCCUUAAUUGUUUUGGAGAGAAAGUAAGAAGCCUCAUGGGUGCUGUUUAGAAUUGGCUUCUUUCAGCAGGUUAACUGAAGUGAUAAAAAGCAAUAAGAACCUUGAAGAAAAAUGGAACAACAUAAUUUCCCUAAAUACCAAUCUAUUGAUCUGAUUGCUCUGAUAUGCACAAAUAGAGUUUUUUAAUUUCUUCUUGGGAAACUUAACCUUAUUGGCUUUUUCAGAAAGUGACUUUGCUGCUGCAGUCUCCAACUUUUUUGGAUAGGAUAUCCUGAAAAGGAAACUAUUCCCCUAUUUGGUCCUAGCUAAUUGAGGGGUGGAGCAGAAUGCAACAGCAGACUCUUCAAGAUCUGCAGGCAGCUCAUCCUCAUCCCCAUCCCCAUCCCCUUCCCUUCAUUUGUUUCUCCCCCACAAAUGAUUCUCAAAGCAGCUCAUAGCAAUAAGAACAGCUGCACAUCACAACAACAUCAGCAGUCAGUUGGCAGAGUGCUGCCUUGGGUGUGUCUUUGGAGAAGCGUGUUGGGAAACAUUAAGAAUUCUGUGCUGUUGGGCAAGAAAGAGCAGCUGUAUGUUGGAUCCCAUGUGUUUUUAUUUAUUUAUUAAAUUUCUAUACCGCCCUUCACCCGGGAUCACAAAAAAAUACAUAGCAUCGUAACAAACAAAAACAAUACCCCCUCCAUCCCAAACUUGACUUGUGCAGUCACACACCAGUUCCUUAGUCAGUUGUAGUAAUGCUGUGCUCCACACAAGGGACUGAGCAGGAGUCAUUCUUAGUUGGCUCAGUCUUGUCCUAUCAUGCCAGUAUAUCCAGAAUAGAGUUUAGGGUGGGGCUAUGCAAAUGAGAGCAGGCCUGGUUUUGGGUUUAGGGUGGAAUUAUGCAAAUGAGAGCAGGCCUGGUUUGGGGUUUAGGGUGGAGCUAUGCAGAUGAGAGCAUGACUUGGUUUUGUGUAAAUGCAAGUUUUAAGUAUCCCUAAGCAACAGAUGGUCGUCCUCACCUAUGGGAAAGAGGAAACUGUCAUCUAGGAGCCACUGCAAUAGGAAGGGCAAAGCCUGCUGGCCCCCUAUCCCCCAACACUGGAUGACUUAGGAAGGGGCUGUUGAAGCGAGUUUUGGCACAGUGCAGGCACCCCCCCCCACCCAAAUUGUCAUAAUGAUGGGCAUAGUACCAGGCCAAACAACAUGUGAGGUGGUUGUUGUUUUUUAAUCCAAUUUCCCCUUCCCUGCUAUGUUUGCUAUUUGUUUUCCUUUGGAAGGCAUGGAGGUUAUAAUUGUUGGUCUGAUAAUCUUAUAACCAGGCUGAGCUAUAUUGAAGAGAUAACUUUCUUAUCUGUGCAGAGCUCAGACACACACGCACCCGGCUGCCUCCUGGGUGUGAGGCAGGGAGGGAGCAAAUGUUCUGCUCCAGGCGGGAGAUGAGGUAGAAGAUGACUUCCAUUUGAAAUUUAUUUUCAUUUAGUCUUUGUUAGGCAAAGUGACUGGCUGGGAUUCUGAAUGGAGGGAUGUGGAUGGGUGUUCAGUUGUAGUUGAAUAGUAUAGCAUUAUUAGUUUAUUGUUUGGCUACAUAUUGUAUUGCAAUUGAGUUCUGUUUUGUACACUGCUUUGAUAUUCAUUUGAAUGAAAAGCAAAUAAUAUAAUAUAGCUUUGUAGGAAGCGAUUAAAGCAUUUCCUAAAUAGAAAUAAGUCAAGUAAGUUGCUCUGAACCUAGUUGGUACGUAGAUCAGUGAGGAAUUAAGUCUGGCAAGCUGCCUCCUCAUCAUGUUUGCUCUUGCUUCAGCUAGAAGGGGAAACUGUCUCACAUAGUAUGUAACCGGGGUAGGGGGUACAGGCAUGACUGGCAGCACAAUUUGGAUGCAGUUCUUGCCAACACAAAUCACUUUACUUCACUGACUGCCAUCCCUUUUAUGGCAGGGCAUAAUGAAGGGUACUUUUCUCGCAGGGCUGACCCUCCUGCAUUCUGCAUCAUGCUAAAAAAACUAAAUGCUGUGCUUCUCCUCUGAGUGAAAGGCUUUAAGCUGCCAACAAAAGAGCGUAGCAGGUCAGGAAACAACCAUGGCCUUUCGCCGUCCUUUUCCUGAUGUUGAAUUGCAGACAAGCGCAAGGCUUUGUAAUUCCCUGAAGGCCUUGCAUUGCCCUUCCUUUCACCUCCCUAUUAACAAGCCACGCAGAACUGUGAGAACAGGAUGCUCGUCUCUGUCUCUCUCCAACCAACCCUCUCUUUCGGGUUACCAUUCCGUUUUCAUCUGCUUGCGUGGCACUUUAAAAUUCUUCAUAUGUCGCAUUUGUUUGGAGCAAAACUUUACAAUGCUCUGUGUGUGUUGAGCUGUCAGUCAAAUGAAAUGAUGUUCUACUGUGUGAAAAUUACCUAAGAAUCCGUGCUGCUUUUGUAAGGUGUGUUAACUCUGUGUCAGAUGUGUCGCAUGUGAUGGCGCUUCCUUGAGACCGACACGGAAACAGCCUUGAUAGAUAGAGACCUUACAAUUAUUUCUCUUUUUAAGUAUUUUUAAUAUAAUGUAGCUCACAAAUACAGAUUAAUAUAAUACACUAAAGCAACCAACACCGGUAGAAGUAGUGCUGUUUGGCAGGUGUCACUGACCUUUUCUUUUCUCCUUUCUUUUUUUAAAGUACCGUAUUUUUCGCUCUAUACCACGCACCCGACCAUAACACACACGUAGUUUUUAGAGGAGGAAAAUCCGUAGGCAUGCCACCCGUAGGCAUUCCCUCCAUAACACGCACAGACAUUUCCCCUUACUUUCUAGGAGGAAAAAAGUGAGUGUUAUAGUGCAAAAAAUACAGUAAGUCUCUAGCCCUCCUAGAAAGUAAGGUAUAGGGCAAAAUGUGCAGGUACCUUCUAAGCAAUUUCUAUGUUCCUGUUGCUAUAGACCAGGGAUGUCCAACAGGUUGAUCGCGAUUUACUGGUAGAUUCCUGCAAUGUUUUUGUCGAUCGCGGUUGAUCCCUGGUCCCCUUCCGGCCCUGCAUUCCAUUGUUGGAGAACAGAAGAUGCAGUUUACAAACCGAGGCUGUUUUCCCCCCAGCAAUCCUUUUGUGAGUUGCUGUUUCUCUUUCUCCCCAAAAUACUUUAAAAAUGUGGCGCUCCCCUCCCUAAAAUAAGCAAAGAAACUUCAUCCUACCCCUUCCGGCCCUGCACUCCAUUGUUGGAGAAUGGAAGAUGGAGUUUACAAACCGAGGCUGUUUUCCCCCCAGCGAUCCUUUUGUGAGUUGCUGUUUCUCUUUCUCCACAAAAUACUUAAAAAAUGUGGCAUUCCCGCUCCCUAAAAUAAGCAAAGCAACUUGCAACUUCAUCCUCCCGAACCCCUUCGCUAAAAAAACCCCAACAACUGUGACCUUAACCCCCAAUAAUAAAAGGUGGCUUUUUCCCUCCCUAAAAAAAGCUGAAGAACUUUGCCAAUUUUUAAUUCUGUGAGUAGAUCGCAGUCUCUUGGAAGUUGGCCACCCCUGCUAUAGACGGCAACAACAUGUGGGGGGGGGGUGUAAGUAAAAUCAAUUUCAGGUAUUUUCCUCCAGCCCAGGACCAGCAGGGCAUGUCUAGCCUCUCAUGGAGGUUAUGAAAAUUAUCCUACCACCUCUGAAAUGACCCUUGGAAUUACUAAAGUAAGCCCGUAACUUACAUGGGGGUUACGUCCCGGAGCUUACGCCUAAAGCCAGAAUCGUGUCGAGUCAAAACUUUGGGUUCAAUGGCAGGCAGGGUUGCCAAAGUCCCCAGUUCCUUUCCGCCCCCCUUCUAAGUUUUUUAUAUAUAUUUUUGCCACCCAUGUAAAGCUGAGUGAGCACACAUUAAAUGUGCAUAUGUUGCAGGUUUACUGUAUUUCGCAAAUAGUGAAAUGCACCAUUUCUGUUCUGCGUAUCAAAGCAAAGCUUUUGUUUGGUCACACUGGAGCCCACAUCCAAGCAACAAAAAUCAUAAGACCCUUUUCCUUUGAGAUUGCAAGCAUCCUUUGUUUCAUAGCCCACUAAGAAUGUGGAAGUGGUAGGAUAAUUUUCAGAGAACGGGAUUGAUAGUCUGUGGCUAACCUUGCUAUAAUUAAUCAGCGUCAAAGGAGAAGCAGCCUCGCUAACUUGGAUGUUAAUGUCUGCCUUCCUUCUGCAGAGAAACAGAGGGAGCUGGCUCGUAAGGGGUCCCUGAAAAAUGGAAACAUGGGGAGCCCAGUUAACCAACAGCCCAAGAAGAACAAUGUGAUGGCACGAACAAGGUAGAUCACUUCACAAUAUUCAAGUGCUUGCCGUAUUUUUUGCACCAUAGGGCGCACCUAGUUUUUAGAGGAGGAAAACACACACAAAAAUAUUCUGAAUCAAAUGUUGCACUAAACUAUUUAAAGCAGCAAAGCGGGUGGCUCCUGUCCGCUUUGCUGCUUUAAAUCGAGCCUCAGAGGAGGGUAGGAAGGGGAACCAUGGCUUAUCUAAGUCCAGUUAAUAAUGCUGAGCCUGACCUAUGGCCAUCGAGAUUAGCCUAGCCGUCUCAGUGGAAAUCUGGGGAGGCUGGGGUGGACUUUCCAGUGGUCAAAGUGUGGUUGUGUCUUCCUGCCCGCCAUCUAUUUCCUGCCCUCUUUCCCCCCUGCACCCCCGCACCCUGCUUCCAGGGAAGGAAGCGGAGCCAUGGAUCCUCUGCUCGCAACUGCAGUGGAUCCCUCCACUUUGAAGCAGGAAAGUGGGAGAGGAGCUGCUUACACGAGUGUAAGCUGCUCCCUCCCACUUUCCUGCUUCAAAGGGAGCCCAGGAGGAGGGAAUCCGCUGCAGCCACGAGCAGCGGAGGAUCCAUGGUCCCCUUCUUUCCCUCCUCCGUGGUUGCUUUGAAGCAGGAAGGUGGGAGAGGAGCUGCUUACACGAGUGUAAGCUGCUCCCCUCCCACUUUGCUGCUUCAAAGGGAGCCGGGGAGGAGGGAAUCCGCUGCAGCUUCCCCCACCUCCCAGAGAGCCAUAGAAGCCGUGAGCUCUUUAAAGGGGCAGCGCGGCUUCUCCUGGCUUUUCUGGGAGGUGGGGGGAUUCCCCCACCUCCCGCAAGACCGGCAGAAGCCGCCAGCUCUUUAAAGGGGCUGCGUGGCUUCUCCUGGCUUUUCUGGGAGGUGGGAGAAGGGACUGAUGCAGCCAGUCAGUCCCUUCUCCCUCCUGGGGAAAAGCCCGCAAGAGCACACGAAGCUUGUGUGCGGCUCUUGGGGGCUUUUCCCGACUGCCUCCCCCCUGCAUUCGCUCCAUAGGACGCACACACAUUUCCUCUUGCUUUUUAGGAGGGAAAAAGUGCGUCCUAUAGAGCGAAAAAUACGGUAAUUUGUAAACCAUACCAGUGGACUUCAGUUUGGGUAGGCAUGCCCUGUUGUUCAUGCAGAACUCUUUUGGGAGUAGAGUUUUGUCAAUAGCCACUAGCUUAGAAAAUGGGUUAAACGACUCCAUAGUUCUGCUUGAGUUAAGAGGUAAAUCAGCACCUGCUGAUAUAAUUGUGUCUGCCUGGGAAAGAGAUCAAUUGUGUAGCUUUUCCCUAGUAUAGGUAAGAGCUACAAGUGAGAAAGCUGCAAAAUGUCCAGCCUUUUGAAGCACAUUUCAGCUCCACAAGGAUGGAAAAAUCUUACCGAAAAGGGUUUCCUGUUCCACUACAAAGGUCAAAUUAAUUUAGCAAUUUAAGGGCAAUGUUAAUUCCAAUUCUGCUGUUGUGAUUGUCAUUGAAUUUCAGAUAUUUCAUUUCAUUGCCAUUUGGCCCCACUGUUCUUUACACAACCCACACCCCACAACUGUGUGUUUGGGGGGGGGAGGAGACAGCCCCCCCCACACACACUGUGGGUAACAACUUUGUGUACCUGACGACGUGGAUUAUAGUCCAUGAAAGCUAAUGCCAUAAUACAUUUUUUGAGGUACUCUUUUUGUUCCAAAGUGUUUACAACAAUGUGAAGGUUUGGGAAGAAUUUUGAAGUGUGAGCAUCUUCUUGAGUCAUGGAAGCUGCUUUGUGGUAGCUUUUAUUUUAUUUUAUUUUUUUAUUUAAUUUUUUACAAAAAUGUCAAAGAUAGCUUAGAAUUCAGAAAACCAAACAGUACUAAAAUACCAUGUUUAAAAAUUAAAUGAACAGAUAACACCAUUGGAGUUAACUAAUUUUAAAUGUCUAGGUGUUAAGAAAAAUAUUGAUGUGAUACAUUAUUCCUUUUGUAAACUGCUUUGAAGGUGUUUUGUUUUUUAACAGUCAAGUGGUAUAUAAAUUUUAUGGAAUAAAUAAAUCCUGGAAUUUUAUGUAAUAAAAUAAAUAAAUCCUGGAAGGCUCCACUAGGCAAGCCUUCUGGAGAGAACACUCCAUAAGUGGGGGGCAAACGAAGAUCUUACCACUCAGGUUCAUAGAGGAGGCAGUCCUUCAAAUAUUCAGCUUCCAAACCUAAGAGACUACCAGAUUACAGUAGUCUAAUCUUGAUGCCUUGAGGGUUACUCAGAUUGUAGUUGGAAAUAGGGGGCUAUGUACUACUCACACCAGUCUUCCCUGUAUUCUGUAAGGUAUCUGGAUUCACUAGAGCUGACCAUAUUUGCCAAAUGUUUCAUGCUUCCUUUUACAGCAUCCCUAGAACUAGAUUGCUACCAUUUCUCUCAGCAGCUUCUACCUAAUCUCCACAUCCUGCCAUACUAGGUCCUCUGAUAUGGAACAGCUUCACACACCCCUUGCUCCUUGCUUAACUUCUGCUUUCAAUGUUUACAUGGUGAUAUGUAUAAUGUUUUCUUUUUAAUUUCAGGCUGGUUGUUCCCAAUAAAGGCUAUUCCUCAUUAGACCAGAGUCCUGAUGAAAAGCCAUUGGUAGCACUGGACACAGACAGGUAUAGAUUCAGAUGAUUGCAGUAAAAUACAGUUGUUCUCUUGGAAAUCUCCUGAGAACCUUUUCCUAUUUUACAUACCACUGUGAUCAAAUCAAAUUUGCCCGGCCAGCAUGGCAAAGUUUCUCAGUCUCCAGAGCUAAAACAUGGAAUUUUAUUUAUUGUCUGUAUUUCACAGGAGGGAUUCAGUUGCCUAUUGGGAAAUUAAAUCCAGUUUAAGUGGGUUAAAAUGCUUGUCUCCCUAACACAACAAAUCCAUUUGCAAAAAGAGCCUGACUUCUUGCGGAUAGCAAAGUUGAAGUCAAAAUGCAUUGAACAGUGUGGAAUGAAAGAAUGAUUAACGGGGAGACCCCAUACGUAAAUCGGGAUGCAUGCUCAUUGUUGUAUAUUCUCCCUGCAAAAGAAAUGGGGGUGGUCAGUAAAAACCAGGUUGUAAUCUAAUUUCCACAUGAGCUUUGUGCAAGUAGCUCUGGAGGAAUGCUCAAUAAACAGGUCCUCUGGAGGUGCCCAAAUUUCUGGGGGAGGCCUGCCAGUAGCCACUCCUAGACUCAUGCACAGUGUACCUGCUGAAUGAGCAUCAGGUGUGAGGAACAACAAGAGGAGAAAGGCAUCACCUGGCAUGCCUUGCUUGAGUGCUACCUGGAGGCAUCUGGGUGGCCGCUCUUGGAAGCAGGUGCUGCUGUUGAUGGAUCCUGCAAAUCUGCCUGCAUGUUCACUCUGUGAACAAGAGUGAUGUGGCCAGUGAGCUCUGGAGGAUCCCUCUCACUCACUGGGUUCUCUUUCCUCAUUGCACUUUUUCUUCCUCUGCAGUGAUGACGACUUUGACAUGUCCAGAUAUUCCUCCUCGGGAUAUUCUUCAGCUGAGGUGAGUUCCUGUGCCUUCAAUUCAUUCCCCUUAGUAAGAUUUAGAAAUAUUUUUCUCUUUCCCGAAGGGACGCAAAUUUCUGACUGCUGUUUUUACAAAGGCAGCAUCCCUUAGUGGUGGUUUUCUUUUGCUGAAGCAACCAGUCGUCCCUGUAUUUCUGCAGCCCAAAUCCAGAAAGUGGCCUAAGAAGACCUUUUAUAGAGUUUUAUCACAGAAGUGAAAGAAGCCUAAGGCCAACACCUUGAUAGGAUAGGACCCCUAUGUAGCUCAUUCAAAUCUCAGGUGUUACCAAAAAUGUUCUUGUCAGACUACCGUAUUUUUCGCUCUAAAAGACGCACUUUUUCCCUUCUAAAAAGUAAGGGAAAAUGUGUGUGCAUCUUGUGGAGCGCAUGCAGGCUGCUCGGCUAAGCCUCCGCAGGGCAGCGGGAUGAAGGCACCCCGCUGCCCUGCGGAGGCUUCGCGGGCUAUCCCAGAAGCCAGAACACCUCCAUGUGCUCUUUAAAGGGAGUGCGGCUCUUGCAGGCUUUUCCCUGAGGACGGAGAAGGGCAGCUCGUCACUAACAGGCUGUCCUUCUCUCACCUCGUAGAAAAGCCCACAAGAGCCACGCUCCCUUUAAAGAGUGCACGGCUCUUGGUUGGCUUUUGCGGGAGGUGGGAAGGGAUAGAGGGCCGCUUAGCCCCCUGCAGCGUCUUCUGGGCAGGGGGAGCCUUUAUCCCGCUGCCUGGGAGAGGCUUCGGCAGCUAUCCCAGAAACCAGAACAACAAGAGGCUAUCCCAUAAGCCAGAUCCCUCUUGCUGUUCUGGCUUCCGGAAUUCGGAAUACUUUUUUCCUUGUUUUCCUCCCCAAAAACUAGGUGCAUCUUAUCGUCUUGUGCGUCCUAUAGAGCGAAAAAUAUGGUACUUUGUAUCCAAAGUAGACAAGUGACACAUCAGCCCAAUGUUUUCCACUUGCAAAUGGGAAUUCCACCACCACGUGCCCCCUAAAUCUGCUCUAGGGAUUCCUCCAGGCCUCUGGAGCAGUUCUGAGGAAGACUCAGGGUGCACGCUGGAUGCGAGGGUGUCCCACCGCAUAAGUGAAAAUCCUUGUGCUAAUGGGGCAGGUUAGUUGGAUUACACACACAAAUCAAAAGCAGAGUUGGUAAUGAAAAUGAGUAACUGUCAACGAAACUUCAGCAACCAUGCUUAAAUUUCAAGUAAAAGUAAGUUAGGAGGCCUGUAAUGAUGAUAAUAAUUUUGUUACUUAUACCCCGCCCAUCUGGCUGGGUUUUCCCAGCCACUUUGGGCAGCUCCCAGAAGAAUAGUAAAAACACCAUAAAACAUCAGACAUUAAAAACUUCCCCAAACAGAGCUGCCUUCAGAUGUCUUCUAAAAGUCAGAAAGUUGUUCAUUUCCUUGACAUCUGAAGGGACAUCCGUAAGUCAUGUUCCAUAUCCAUUUGGUUAUCUGAUAGCAGAGCUGGGAAAAAUCUUUGCCCCAGUAAUUUCAGCCUCACCUGGUUACUUUCUAGGGUCUCAGGCAGGAGGAUUUCCUCCUGCGAAUUGGAGAAGCUGUGAAUUGACACCUUGUGCAGAGCUGUGGCUCCAUCUUAGCACUUGUCUCUUUAAAAAUGGACCAGGCCAUUGCCGUUCAGCCAUGUUGGGUAUGGGAGAUGAUGUUGGACUGUCAGUUCCUUGACUCGUUGACUCUUUGUCUGCAGCAGAUCAACCAGGACUUGAACAUCCAGCUGCUAAAGGAUGGCUACCGGUUAGAUGAGAUCCCAGAUGACGAGGACCUCGACCUCAUCCCUCCGAAGUCGGUCAACCCCACUUGCAUGUGCUGUCAAGCCACCUCCUCCACUGCCUGCCACAUCCAGUAAUGAGGGAAGCCUGGCAAGGGUUGAUCAGUGCUUUCCACUAUAACUGUAAAACUUAACAGCCAUUGCUUCCUCCUAUGGUAGGACGUGCACCUCUUUGUGUUCAUGGAGCCAGGAGAAACCAAAAAAUAAUAUAUAUAUAUAUUAUUCAUUUUAUGAUCCUCUUCUCAUUUUUAUUUUAAAACCACAGUAAGUGAACCAGAUACGGCUCCUUGGUCUGGAAAGCCCAUUGGAUCCCUUUGGACUUGGGCUCAGCUUGUAAAAUUCAUACACAGGAGUUUGGGGGGGGGGUGGAGGAGAUCAGAUGUGGCUGCUGCAGUGAGCCCUCCCCAAGUUCACUCUAGCGGGCAAGAGUUGAAAUCAGAGUUUGAAACGCAAAAGUCUCUUACCAGAAAUGGAAGAACGAGCUGGAAUCAAUCUUGGGGAGCCUACGUCUUCUGUGAUGGACUGGCCCUGAAUAAGGAGGUGGGAUCAGGAGUGAAGUACAGGAAGGGAAGAUCUAGUCAGCUAGGAAGAACCAACAUAAAAAAAACCUGAUUAUAGACAAGAUGCAAAUGGCAAGAAAAGUUGCAUUUGCAACGUGCUUCCAAAUAAGAAGCAUUAAGCAAAGAAUAAUGCAUUGCACAGCCUAAUAAGACAACAUUUACUGAAAAAUUAAGUCUACGCUUAUUUGUCCUUUGCUUGUGUUUGCAGUCCUGAAUACCAGCCUGUCAUUGUAAAAAAGCAAAGCAAAACACCAUGUAGUUUAUCAGGUUUAAAGUGUUGCCUGAAGUUCCCAUGAAUGGGAGUUGAGAAGCAUUUGUAUGACUUUUGAGACAAAGUCCGUGUACCCAUACCCUUUUAAUGGCAACGAAAGAGAUGCUUUGGUGUUGGCUGUGUGCCCCUGCCUGCAUUAGUGGAAUGAGAUUUUUCUGGCUCCAGGGACCACACAGGCUGUGUUGGUCAAGCUUCUAUCGCGGCCUGGCGUUGUGUAGAGCUAAUCCCAAAGGCUGUGUGCGCUCUGCGCAUGCAAGAGAUUGAUCUUAAGGUGUUGGCUCACCCAAACACACACCCAAACUCGUGAGUGGCUCUUCAGCUCCCAAGAGCCAGGUGUUUCGAUUGCCACAAAGUGAAACUUCUAAGCCAGGGAGGGAAAGGGACCAUCCUUGCUUCUGCUGCUCAUCAUACAGUGCCUGUGUUGCUGUCUUGACACCAGCAUCACAUUGCCAUCAUUAACAGACUGGUGCCCGGAGAUGUGUCCCAUCAGUUAUCAGCAUGGCUAGCCAGUUUGGUGCUUGGGAAACUUCUCCCGCAUUUGUAUGGCCACAGACCAUCAGUGGUGAUGGAGGCAUGCAGAAGCAAAUUGGCAGAUUUGAUUAACUCCCGUAUUACUCUGCUUGCUAACUCAGGUUGUGUCAAGCUUUGUAACAAAACAGGUGAGCUCUUUGCCUUUUUUUUAAAAAAAAAUGAUUUGAUACUCUACCUCUUUAGAGGGCUCUAUUGGCCAAGCUUCGAACGCCAUAAGCACACGACAGAUUGGUUUGCCCCGUUCCUCGGAAUGCCAAGUUCUUUGCCCCAUGUAGACUUUCCACUGGAGCUGUGCUUGUGAAUUGCCACAAAUCUGUUAGAGAACAAAGAAGUGGAUUGCAGUCUCCUCCCAUCCAAUGCAGUAUUGUUACCUGGGGAGACUACAUAUCCCAGUAUUCCAUGCAGGUCGUCCUUGUGUCAAUAUGCAGAGUGAUCUCUGCUCUUUCCAGAAGAGUAUUGGUUGAAAGGCCACUGUCACUCCCAUUUGUUGUUCCAGAAUAGGAGAAAUAAGGAGCCGGAAGGGUUGCAAAUGAAAACAAAGAUUGCCUCAUUGAGAUUUGGGGGUAGGGAAAUGCCAUCAGGAGUUCGGGUACUGAGCUAGGUGUUUGAAAUUAAGGGAGAUUGCGAAGACCUAAACGCAGCAACAAAUGAGCUUCAAGUGGUGAAUAGCAGCCCAGCAGAGACUGAAAACUCUGAACUUGGAGUGAAACUACCUUAUCAGAAAUAAUACCUAGGCCUAGGAUGAUUGAUUUGGAAAACACAUUUUAAUUCCUUUUAAGAACUUCUCCCCAGAGAUUAACUAAUCCAUAUUUAAUUUGCACACAGUUAUUUUAAGUCGUUAGUGCGCAAUCCCUAGUUUUUAUUUUCUUACUACUUUUUUUCUAUUUUCCACCAGCCUUUUGGAUUGUGACAAGAAGGGCUGCGCUUUGAAUUUAACCUUUUUCAUGCGUGCAUAGAAGAGAUGAGGUUUGAAAAUAUUUGUCCUACACGUUAUUUUACUUACCUGUGAGCUGUUCCCCCGGUGUGUGCAUUUCCACGGCAGUUCUCUUUUCCUUCUUCACCAAAAUCCUCAGUAGUGGCACAGUUUUAGUGAGGUCAGUGCAGAGACAUAAAACGGAAAACAAAACAAAAAAAAACCUUUUGGCUUCUCCUGGCUCCUAGGCUUUGUGUCUGUAUGUUUUCUGAGGAGGGGGUGGAUAUAAGAGUGGGGGAGAAUAAGUGAUGCGGUGUUGCCAUCAGGAAAGCUGAAUGUAUUGACUGAAGCCCAUGCGGCUGCCACAGAAAGCUUGCCAACAAUCCUGCUAUAUUGCAGUUUCUUCGGGCCAUUUCCCACAUUGCACAGAGACCAAGCUGGGCAUCAGUUCAGCCCACCACAGCACCUCAAUGGGCCUAUCAGCCUCGGCCAAGCUGGUGCCAUCCAGAUGUUGCAGGACUAUAGGCCUCCAUCAGUUCUAAACAGCACAUCUUUGUAUAGCCCAACUGCUGGAGGGCACCUGAUUGGCGAAAGGUGAAAUAUCUGCAGCACGUGCUUCCUGUAUUUGCAUUCAGGCUUUUCAUCUCCGGGUUAUCCUUGAAAACGGAUGUGGCAAGGGGCCUUUUAAGAAACUUGAAGCAGCUUUAUAAAAAUUAAGGAGUUUACAUUAUGGCUGCCUCUCAGUCUCUGCAACGUGCAGUCCUUGGCUCUGAGCAGUCAUCUUUCCAUCUUUCGCAUUUUAGCUUCAGAUUUUAAAGAAGGGAAGAGCCACACCCAUAGGUUGUGGGGGUGCACUUAACUGCGUCCUAGCUCUGUAAUUCAGGUGGGGGUGGAAGGAAGAGAACAUACUCUGGAAGAUUCAAUUGCCUUUUGGAAAUCCUGAAGCAGGAAGAGCUUGCCACCCCAGACAGUUCUGUUUGGGAAGAAUUUGUUCCAGUUGGAUCACACUCCCCAUAAGCUGGAUGGUAUUCUGGAAGGAAGAGGAUUUGGUGUCUAUAGAUAUUUUGAUCUCAAAGCCUUUCUGGACUGCCUUGAUUUACAUUAGAGCAUCAAAUAGCAUAAAGGAAGGGCCCGUUUUCACUUGUGGCCAUGCAAAUAUCUGCUAGCUUAAAUGCUGCAAAUGUACAUUUAACCUGCAAGCCCCCAUUAGUCAUUCAGUCUUAAUUAAUGGUAAGCUUAUGUCCUCAUUUUUGAAUGCACUUCGAUCAUUGGCUUCUUGUUUCUGGUGCUGCUGGGGGAAAAUAUGUGAAAUGGGGCAUCCCUUCCCACAAGUUGCUGUGGGCAAUAUUCUGCCUGUCAGUCAUCUCCCUUCCUCCCCGCCCCCCAACCCAAAACAUUCUGAAGACUUUGAAGCAGUGGCUGAUUUUAACCAGGCUUCCAUCCCAGGGUGUAUUUCUACCUACGCACCCACGAUAUAAAGUCUCAGCCUCCACAGCUGGUGGAAGCGCUGACUUUUCCUGCUGCAUAACGUCUAAGGGCCAUAUUUUUCCUGCAGUGGAGCUGUGGAUCCUCCUCUUGGGCUCCAGAGUGCUUCCUGGAGCAAAAAGCUUCUUAUGGUAGAAAACUCAGCUGUGCUUGCAGCCAGAUUCCCUCCACCUGGAGGGAAACCAAUGAGUCUUCUAAUCAAAACAGCAGGAGUGGUUUGCUGCUUUCAUCAGGAGACCACAGAAGUUGUUCCCAGUCGGUGGGUACAAGAAGCAGGAAUUUCUGAUAUAAACAGUCCAUCCCAGGACACCAAGAAUUGUAUACAGGAAAGGCAUUGCUAGAAUUGAACAACUUUAGCUCAAACAAUGGAACUUCUCAUCUCCCCCAUGCCGCCGCCCCCCAAUAUGCUCUGGGGGUUCACCCAAUCCUCCAGAGCAUUUUUUGUGGCCGGGGGGACAUGAUUGCAGUGGUGCAUGCAAGGAGGAAAGGGAGUGGAAUUCCUGUUACAUGAGCAGAAGCAAUUGCAGUCAUGCAGUGACUUCAUUGGAUACAAUCCCAGCAAUCCAGCUUCCUGCAGCGACAUUGGAGUUGAUUGCAUACAUAAUGGCAGGUUGCAGCACAGAGACAAAAGAGAGAAGGCAGUAUGUGCCCCUGCAAGUAGCUUGGCCAGAAUGUCUUCUGUGGGUGGCCGGAAUGGCGUCUCUGCAUUCCUGCGGCCCAUGCUGCUCUUGACCUCCCAGCAGUGCAGCCUCCUGAACAGCUAGAGGGAAAGACAAAGAGGGACAGUGAACCCCCAGGGCACAGGAAGUAGGAGAACAGAAUAACCAGCAGGAUCCUUGGGGUAGCCAGCACAUGAGGAACAUGAAAAUUCCUCCUUUCUUGUGCGCACAACAAACUAAGUUGCAAUAUUCAGUUCUCUUGUAUUUCAAGCUCCUUGAGUCUGUUGUUAUUACUAUUUUCUAAACCUUGCGGAAAUGUGGCUACUCUUAAUAGAGAAUGAAAUAUGCCUUGUUGCAUGUUACUAAUUUUUGGACAUGGCACUAUACCUUUCAGGUCUCCUGUUCUUUGCUUACCCCCUUCCCUUUUCUUUCUUUCUUUCUUUCUUUCUUUCUUUCUUUCUUUCUUUCCAUCUGCCUGUGACUUUCUCUGAUUUUUGUGCUCAGAACUUGGUAAUACCUGGAUCCUUUUUGCUCUCAGCCUCUUUUCAUACAUACAACAGGACUGGAAGAGUUGCUCCGUUACACCCAAAGCAUGGCCUGGCAGUCAUUUUAUACAGUCGUACCUUGGAAGUCUAACGGAAUCCAUUCUGGAAGUCCGUUCGACUUCCAAAACAUUCGGAAACCAAAGCGUGGCUUCUGAUUGGCUGCAGGAAGCUCCUGCAGCCAAUCGGAAGCCCCGUCGGAUGUUCUGGUUCCAAAGAACAUUUGCAAACCGGAACACUCAAUUCCGGGUUUGCAGCUUUGGGAGCCAAAACAUCUGAGUACCAAGAUGUUUGGGAUCCAAGGUACGACUGUACUGAGGAUUCCUGUGGGUUUGCUUCAUGUACAUGAAGUUACAUGUACACACGUCAUUUGGGAGCAUGUAAUUGUUUUUGUCUUGCACAAAAUAUGUCAAAAGUGGCUUCUGAAAAGUGAAGCCACUUGGUAGGUUUUGCUCUUCUGCAUUCCAGCACCUUAGAGUCUCAUGCAGAAGGAUUCCGUCUGCAUAGCAGGCAGCUUCUUGCAGAUUUGCCUCCAUCAAGAUUCAAGUAAGUCAGCAAACCGUGGCCCUGUCUUGCAUUCUGGGACCUGUAGUUUUUCACCAAGCCACUUCUCUGAGUCGGUGGCUGCUUCAGAGUCUGUGAAUUGCAGUUUACAAUUUCCUCUUUGCAUUCUUCAUCAGCACUGCAAUUCUUUUAAUCCGUCAUAUCAAGUAGACUUCCGCUAUUUUCCGAAUCCCGCACUUGUUUGUGCCUGUAGGAGAGACCCAAGGGUUCUUCCAGCGGUUAUCUUUAAGGGAAAACGGAGCUUAGUUUUUCAACUUCAUGAUAGACGAUUUGGCUGUGACACAGCUGUUUCCAUAGCAACAAAUUAUGAUCUAAGAAGUCGUCUGACAUCAAGGGAGACCAAGAUUAUGAUACAACUCAUUAAAAUUCAUGCUGGAGACAGGCUGACGCUCUGGGAGAAACCUCACAUGCUGAAGGGAUGCUCAGUCUCACAUGUCUGUGCUUUCCAUGUUACACAUCCAGACAUCUGAUGCCUUCUUAAAGAUGCCAUCUUUUAGGGCCUCUGCAAACUCUAAAUAGUCCAAUCUCUCUGGUCUUUUUGGUCCUUGGCUCCUUGUGAAAAAAGCACUGAGAUUACUUUAUCCAUUUGUCACACACCUGAAACUUUUGAAAGAAAUCCGAACCACUUUCUGCAUCAGUUUCAUCCCCUUUCAUCACAACCUUAGCACACAUGACCUUGUGGGGACUGCUCUGAUCUGUGCUCAGAGCAAGAGUGAACAUCUCAAGGAAAACCUAAUGCAAAGCAGUGACAUAAGUAGGGGUCGGUCGGUGAGGGAGGCUUCUGAUCCCGCAGGAAGAGGGAGGGCUACAGCAGUACCCAAAAUGCAGAACUGGCAUUGAGAGUCACCAAAGCUGCUUGGUGCUUUUAACUUGAGAGCUAAGCGAGCCGGUUAACUACCGGGAAAGAACCUAUCUCUUGUUCAUUGCUAUUGCACAGAGGAUACUAUAUGGAUGUACAUUUGGAGAUGAGUAAGGAUGUAAUCUGGUCAUGCCAAACUAAGGAUCGCUUGACUGUUGUGGAGUGGGGGCACUCUAGCUGCAUUGCUGGAGAAUUCCAUGUAAGCUUUUAGAAGUACUUGAUCUUGUCUGUGCCCUCCUCAAACCUCACCGCUGGGGGAGCAUUCAAUCAGAGCAUUGCCCUUUCCUCUUGGCUUGACAUGCUUGUACAGUGGUACCUUGGUACUCAAACGACUUGACUCCCAAACAAAUCAGCUCCUGAACGCCACAAACCCAGAAAUGAGCAUUCAGGUUUGUGAACGUUUUUCAGAAGCCGGACGUCUGACGCAGCUUCUGCGGCUUCCGCUUGGGUGCAGGAAGCUCCUGCAGCCAAUCAGAAGCCGUGCCUUGGUUUCCAAGCGGUUUCGGGAGUCAAACCGACUCCCGGAACGGAUUAAGUUUGAGAACCAAGUUACCACUGUACUUCGAAACAAGCAGUCUGGAUGCAGUCUUCCCUUGGCUUAAGGGAUUCUGUCUCAUCUUAGUUGAUCUUUGGAUCCUUGCCCUUAUACACUACUGACUGCUUCCGUCUCCCUUUGGGUUGCAGUCUCCACUCUGUGUUGUUGUGUGUUCCUGUCCUGUUGGAGGGAGGAACCAAACUCUUUUUCUCAACUGCUUCUGUAGCCGGGAGCAAGUGCCGAUAGGUGACUGCUGAACACUCUGCAGCUAUUAGCCAGGCGAGGAGACAGGUUGUGUGAGCACUGUCUCCCGUUGGGCUUCUUGUUCAGUGAUGGCAGCUGUUCUCUGAAAAGUCUUGGAUCUGUCACGAGCACAGCCAGGAGUCUCUUCUCUGCCUGGCUGAGCCCACCAGUUCCAACUGGCAUUUGAAAUUUGAAGCAGCUCUGGCAAACUGGGAGAUACUGUGACAUGUCUCGGCACCCUUGAGUAAAGCUCUGUGUUGUACGUAGGCAAGAUCAGGGUCCCUCUGUUUAAGUGCUGCAGUGAGGGGGUUAGAUGAAAACACAAAAUUGUAGAACGCCAUGCCACAUAUCCCCCUCUGUUUCUAAACAAAAGUUUAGAGAGAACUAGAGGAGUUGCAGGCAAAUAGGGGGUGGUUGAAUGGCCGCAAGAGCCGUACAAGUGUAAUUUAGUUGUCACAGGUAAACCUUGGUAUCCGUGUCCAGUGGUUAGUUCUAGACUCACAAGCCUUGUUAAAUUGCACAAAUCCAUCGUUCACACCUUGAUUUGUCACAGUUAAUGUUUUCUUUCCCACUUCCUCCACCCCCAAAAAACCCCAACAGUCCAGGUCUGUUCUGUUGAAAUGGCCCUUUCCCAACCCCACAUUUCUGGCACGCAGGGCCUGCCCUGAACACCCUGAAACAGCUGCCCCACACAUUCCAAGAGAGGCACGCCACAGCGCAGUGAUGUGUUGGAGGAUUCUGGAGCGCAGUUCCUUCGUGGGUGCGCAUAGAAACAUGGCAGCCACACCAGCUGCUUGGGUAUCUUGUGCGUUUGGUGGUUACCGUGGCUGCAAGUGGCUCUGUGGGACAUAAAAAGUGGCUACAAAUUGUUUUCCACUCCUCACCCCAGCCAAUCCUUCACUCAUGGUUGUUUCUUUUAACCUGUGUUGUAGCAAUUAUCUUUAAUGGGACACUGGGAAUUCUUUCGCAAGUCUUAGUUGAUCUGUCUGUGGCUUUUGGGCAACCCGCACCUCCCUACCAACGGCGGAUGAGUAAUAUCUGCCCUGACCUUUUUUUGCGCACACGACAAUUCAUUUGGGAGAAGUGGAGGGGUCCUGCCCAUGGAAGAAGCUCGCAGGAAGCAGCUGUUUUCCUUUUUAUUUAUUUUGUGGAGGGCGAGGCGACCUUCGUUUUUUCGUUUUUACCUUUUUGCACUAUCUGCUGAACCGCGCCUGCCCUCCACUCUGCUCCCCCACUCCGUGGCAAAGUUAUCAGGACUGCUGCCUCAGGACGUGAUGCUGUUCUGGUACAGCGGACAUGAUCAAGUGCAUGACUUCUGUGUUCUCCCUGUAAUAUGUGCCAUGACUGAUUGUGUGUAAACGUAUUUGCAGAGGAAGUGGUGUCUUCGAGAGAAAGCAGUCUUAGAGGAAAUGCGUCUUACGUGUGUCUGUGCUCCCAACAGUGGCGUAGCAUGGGUUGUCAGCACCCGGGGCAAGGCAAGUAAUUUGCGCCCCCUAACCCGUGGAUUUUAGCACUCGAGUGCGAGCGCCCCCCCCCCCCCCCGAUGUUGCGCCCGGUGCGACCGGCCCCACCUGCACCCCCCAUGCUACGCCACUGGCUCCCAAACUGGAAAAACGUCUCUUUAAAUGCCAAUCCUUUCAGGAGUGUCACCUCCUCAGAACUGUGUUCUGCAGGGCCAGAAAACCUGGAAGACUGGGCAUCAAUUGCUGAGACUCUUCCUGCAGGAGGAGCCCUUGACAUACAUUGCUGAUCACGAGCCAAGCUUUGAAUUCCCACCAACGUCUGGCUCUUGGGUGUGCCAGACAACCAAAAGUGAGAUGGGUACUCAGUCUGAAUCAGCCUUUCCCAAUCUCAGCUGCCUGGAGCUGAUGGGGAAUUGUAGUACAAAACGUCAGGAGGGCACUAGCUUGGGCAUAGCUGGUCUAAACUAUUGAUUGAUUGGAAAACCAUGUUGGGUGUUAAAGCUUGGCUCUAUUCUGCAAUGCUUUGGGAGACACCUAUUGCCUCGCUGCCCUUUUAACCUUGCCACAGAAACAGGUUUAGGCUGGUGGAGUUGGGACUCUCUCAUAUUGGUUUAUGCCCACUCAUAGUAAGCCAGCCUCCGUCUUCUAGCAAAUGUUUGUCCUGACUUUUGCUUUCUGAUUCAAAUGAUGUAGCACAGUCCUCAUUUUCCCAUCAUGUAGAAUACUGCCUUAAACAGAUCCGUUCAGUUGUGUAUUAUUAUUAUUAUUAUUAUUAUUAUUAUUAUUAUUAUUAUUAUGAUUUACC